AUGGAGCCUCAAAUUCAUCUUUUCGUCAUUCUUUCCUUGGGAAUCUCUAUGAUGAAAUCAGCCUCAAUAUCCAACGUGUUGUUGGACAUGAAAUAUUCCACUGUAUCAAAAGCUAUCGAUAUCUUCAAUCAAGAGACAAAUUCGAACUUUGUUUUUAAACUGUUCAAAGAUGACCAUGGAUAUAAAUUGGUGAGUCUGGAGGAUGAAAAGAAUACUAAAUAAUUCAGUUUAUUCUUUAGUAUAUACACUGUUUAUUUGUGUCAUUAUCUUUAUAAAAAUUAUAAAGAGCAAUAAACAAUUAGAAUAAUACAAAUGUAUCUGCUGAAGUUCUGAGAUGGAAACGAUAUGGAGCAAAAUGAAAAGUUCACAUAAUAGUAAAACAGUCUGGCGAUGGCUGGAAAAACAAAACAGACAAGUACGUAGAUUCUCAAAAAGGAAAUUAAACUAUAGAUGCAAAAAUGAAGCCGAAAUCAAUAGAAUUGGAAAGGGCAGAUACUGGAAUCAUACACAGACUUCGACUCUUCCAGCUUAGCUGAUUUUAUUUUCUCGUUCUCUCUCUUUCAAUAUAUAUUUUACUUAUUAAGGCCUCGAUUUAAUAUUUUUGGAUAAGCUCUUCAAACUGAUUUAAUAUUUAUGGAUAUAUUUUACUAAAUAUUUUUUUCAAAAUAUUAAAUUACCAAAAAAUAUAUUGUAUAUAAAAAUAUAUCAAUACAUCACAAAAGUAUCAAUAUAUUAAAACAUUUUAUAAACUAUUAAAUUAUUCACUAAAUGUAUCCACCAAUACCAAAUCAUUUGGAAACCUUCUCCAAAAACAUUAAACAAAAAAAAUAAUGGGGAUUCAUAGCUAUAAAUAAGCUGAAGAGUGAAAAAGAGGUACCAAACUGAUAAAUUGUGGUAAUUUGAAUGUUUAAUAACAGGGAGUGGAGAAGAAUAGAGAUGUAAAGGUCGGGCUAUUUAAUCUGACAUAUAUGACACUUACCUUACUUACCUUACUUACACUUACCUCAUUGCCCACUGGUAGCUCCUUAUGAAUUUAUCUUAUAUAUGUUUUAAAAGUAGGAAUACACUAGUAUCAUUAUUUGUGGUUUAUCCUUAUGAAUUAAAUAGGUUCACAAAUCAAGACAUUUUGGUUAUCUGAAAACAAAAAUAGCUCAAGUUAGUAGGAAUAUCUGGAAAAGAUAAAUUUUGUUCUGGAUAUAAAUUUCCCAAUGCAUGAUUUAAUAUUUAAAGGUUUAAUAUUUUAAAUAGGUAUGCGGUAAGCGCUUGUUAAUCUUUUCUUAAACAAUGUUUGAUACAUUCUGUGCUGAAUAAAAUAAUUACAACUUAGAUCCAGGGCACUCACUUACUCACUAAACAGAAAGUGCAAAGCUCGUAAAAUGUAAUCUUUUUUUUUUAACACAUGGUUAAUAGGUAUUUAGUUACAGUAUAUAACCCACUGACUUGGGGAAUCCAUCCUCUGGGGGCUCUCUGCAGUGCAAGGUUAAAUAGUGCUUUCCUAAUAUCAGGGUCUUAUUGGCGUUUAGUGACUGAGUUCCCGAGACUUUGUAUAUUGUAGGAAUUGGCCACAUCAGUACACAUAUAAUAUAUGGAUGUUUGGAUGAGUGCAGCCCUGCUGAUUUCAGAAGAAAAUAAUAAGGCCUACACAUUUGUAAAGAGAUUUAAAAGAGAUAUAUAAAAGACAGAUAGAUAGAUGAUGUAGAUAUAAAAACACAUGCUCAACUUAUUCAGAGACCAAUUUUUUAAGGUAUGUUUUAACCCAGAAUUGGGUUGUGAACUUGUGAUGGCUGUUGGGAUUGGACAAAAGUCGACUGCAUCUUAGGCUUGUCAACCUCAGGCUUGUCCAAAAGAAAAAGAAGUCUCUACUUUGUCCCAUGGUAAUUCUGGAUUGUAUUGGGGGUAUUCAGUGAUAUUCCAGACCUGUCUGGAUCAGUAUUUCAUAAACAAUAUAUCUCUAUGGAAUACUGAAAAUAACCUCUUUAACCCCUUAAGGACACAUGACAUGUGUGACAUGUCAUGAUUCCCUUUCAUUGCAGAAGUUUGGUCUUUAAGGGGUUAAAGGAACACUGUAGCAAAUCCAAACAUUGUAGUCAUGAUGGGGAAGUUUAGUUUAUGGCACCCCUGGGUUUAAAAAAAAAUACUCCCCUUUUAUCCAUUGCCAAGUCUGCUUCGGAGCUGCCAUGACCUCCUCUUCGAGUGACGUCAUCAUAGAGGAGCAUUGAGGACCUUAGGUGCAUGCGUAGCACUUACCAUAAUGCACCUAAGAUUCUGCCAUAGAGAAUUAUUGCGUACAAUGACUCUAUUUCAGAUCGUGACAGCAGUGCGCCUGUGUAUGUUACAGUGUGAUAACCAGGAAGUAAGAUUUCCGCCUCUCACCCCUAGAGAGCUUAGAGGUGUGGCUUGCAGUUGCGUUUCCAAAUUUUCUAAUUAGUGAAAUAAAGGGUUCUGAGUGGUGGGAGAAAGACUGCAGGCACUAUAACAACUUCAAUAAAAUGAAGAUGACAUAAAAUUCUGUAAUUUUUAAUGGGGACUGUUUCAUCAAAACCGAGAAUCUCAUAAUCCCACGUUUAGUUUGAGGUAAUUGAAACACUAACAGGGUUAUUUAGUGAAGUGAAAAUAUUAGGAAUUCAAAGUGAUUUCAAAUUUAAGACCAAAGUAGCUGAACUGGAAAAAUAGCUGACUUGGACAAUGAUUCCACUUCAACUAUUUGGAAUUUUGAAAUUCCCUUUUAAAUGUUUAUUAUUUUACUUGCUACCAGUUUUGCAUGGAGCUCUUUCUUCUCGGCUAAUUAUCUCAGCCAACUCUGAUAUUUUAAGUUUUUCAUCUGAAUAUUUGUUAUAUUACCCCAUGUAAACAUUAUCUCACAUAUUGACUUAUAGUUACAUAUAGUUAAUAAUCAGUUAGUAAUCUUUGAAGUUGCAGUUUGUUUGAAAGUUUCCAAUUGCUUAAAUAGUAUAACUAUUCUGUGAGCUACACUACCUACAGAGAAGGAUCAACUCAAAGGUAUUUUAAGGAACUAAAUAAAAAACAACACAAUAUACACCCAAAGUGAUUACGCGCAGAAUAUACUUAAAUGUAUCAAAGCAACACAGGUUCAAUUUAUCUGUAAAGAGACAAAUAUAUAUCUUCCCCCCUCCAUAGGACUUUGCUUGAUCGGUUUAUAUAUUGUAUCCUUAUGACUCCUUUCUUACACAUUUAAAAAAAAAAUGUUUUAAUAAUUUUUUAUUUUUUAUAUUUUUUUAUGAUUUUCUGUAAUGACUAUUAUAUCAUGUAUAAAAAAUUAAUUGGUUUAUUAUGAUAUAUUUUUUAAUUUGUCUCUUUUUAUAUUUCAAUAUAUUCCCUCUAAUAUACUUUAUUUAAUAUUAUUGUUAUUGUUUUGCUUUGUAUUAUACCUGUACUUCCCCUUUUUACUUUCUUUCUUUCUUUCCUUUCCUUUUUUUUUUUUUUUUUGGUGUGUGAUUAAAGUUACAUUAAUAGACUAGGAAAUAAGAAUGUCUAAAUCAAACACACUGUGCUGUAAGAUCUGAUUAAAAAUCAAACCAUUUUUGUUAUGUUAAAAUAUUGAGAUAAAGAAACCUAUCAGGGAGAAGGUGUCAGGUUACUCUAAAGUUACUCUAAACCAUUAAGUAGGUGAACCCGUCUGAAUAACGAGUAGCCCAGAUAAAUUAUAACUUUUAAUAAUUAUUUUAUAUAAUUUUUUUAUAAAGUCUUAGAAGUUAGCAGAGUAAGUAUAACUUCUGCCUUAAAUAGGAGAAAUAAAUUCCCCAAAAUAACAUAAAGAAAAUAAAGUAAGUAAGUAAAAUUAUCUAAAUAAAUAUACAGAAAAAGUAAAUGGACAAAUAAAAAAUAAAGAAUAAAAAUAAAAUAAAAGUUAAUGUCCAAUAAUGUCUCACUGUGAAUCAGUGAUAGUUGGAAGCUUAAAUCAGAUACUGCCAGGUGUAGAUAUAAAGUUUGCAGUUAAUGUAACUAAAGGCUGGAAGUUACAUAUGAUGCUUGUUUAAUUAACCAGAAGGAGGGAGACGAUUACAGACUGUGUUAGAGCAAACUUGAAGCCCCGCAGAAGAUCGUAAUUUUAUCUUAGGAGAGAAAGCUAAUAACGGAAAAACUAGCUUCCCUACUCUGCUGUGCCUUUCAGGGCACCCCUUAAAAAAUGCUGGUAACCCCUUCCCCUCCUCUUGGUAAAGUAAAUGCAGUUAGUAAAAAAAAAUCAAAGAACGAAAAACAAAAAUAAUAAGUAAAGAAAUGGUGAAAAAAGAGAUAAAAUACAUCUUGUAUGGGUGGUAUUGUCUAAUGGUGUCAAGGCAUGUCCCCUUAUCAUCUGUACCAACACCAUUCUAAAUAACGUCCCAUAUAUAUAAUAAUUAUUCAAAGUUACGUUUUAUCUGGGUCACUCGCUAUUCAGAGGGGUUCACCUACUUAAUGGUUCACCAUUUCAUUUUUUGUUAUGUGACUCACAGCCAGUAGAGGGUUGCCAUAAGCAAACUGAUUUGACUCAUAAAUUACAAGAAUUGAGCAGUGAGACUGCAGGUGCAUGAUCUAUACAUCCAAGCUGCUCCAUAAAGUUGAAGUUAUUUUGGUGCUCAGAAUGUCCUUUUAUGGAAAAAUAGCCCCCCAUACAAACAUUGCCCCCCACACUCACACACACAGCCCCAUCCACGUAUUGCCCCCCCACACACAUACACAGCCCCCCAUACACAUAUUGCCCCCACACACACAUACACAGCCCCCAUGCACAUAUUGCCCCCACACACACAUACACAGCCCCCCAUACACACACAUUUCCCCACACUCACAUACACAGCCCCAUACACAUAUUGCCCCACACACACACAUACAUAGCCCCCAUACACACAUUUCCCCACACUCACAUACACAGCCCCAUACACAUAUUGCCCCCCCACACACACAUACACAGCCCCCACACACACAUUCCCCACACUCACACACACAGCCCCAUCCACUUAUUGCCCCACACACACACAUACACAGCCCCAUACACAUAUUGCCCCCACACACAUACACAGCCCCCAUGCACAUAUUGCCCCCACACACACAUACACACAGCCCCAUACACACAUUUCCCCCACACUCACAUACACAGCCCCAUACACAUAUUGCCCCCACACACACACAUACACAGCCCCUAUACACACAUUUCCCCCACACUCACAUACACAGCCCCAUACACAUAUUGCCCCCCAAACACACACAUACACAGCCCCCAUACACACAUUUCCCCACACUCACACACACACAGCCCCAUCCACUUAUUGCCCCACACACACACAUACACAGCCCCCCAUACACAUAUUGCCCCCCACACUUACAUACACAGCCCCAUACACAUAUUGCCCCCCACACACACACACUGCCCCCACAUACACACAUUGUCCCACACACCCUACACAUUCACACACAACACCCCCCCACACACACUGAACCUUUCACACACAGUGCACCCCUCACACAUUGCACUAUUCACGCACACCACUGCUCCUAUGCCCUAUUACAGCCCCAUAUCCCAGCAGACCCCAGGUAAGUUGUCAAACUAUUCUUAAACAAUUUGACCACUUACUCUGGAAGGGGAUCCGGGCACUCCUUGCACCAUAAUCACUGCACAGAGCUAUAGUGGUUAUUGUGCAUGGAUUAUAUCUUUGAAUAAUCUACAAGUGUCCCUCCCAAGAUCAGGCUCUGGAUCUGCCCCUGGAGGGCCUAGGGCAUUCUGCCCAUAACUUGCUGCUACCCUACUUCAAGAGGGGGUACACAUGUGUAACAAGUAUUUGGCAAUGUGUUCUGGAGAGUCCCACUCAGUCCAUCGCCUUGUGCCUGCAUAAUGGGGUAUGAUAAGGACAGCACAUGGGCACGUAGUAACACCACAGGGUCAAUGGAGCCAGCAGCUGUAGGCCGGGAAAAUUAAUGUCAGCACUAAUGUGCAGCCAAAGUAAUCCGUCAGAGCUGGCUAAAGCCAGUCAAUCAAGCACACCCAGGAAGGCAGUGGAAAUUAUGGUAUAGGCCUCAAACCUAGUGAGGGAGUGUCUAGCAAGAUAAGCUAGGUCUAGCUAGGUAAAGGACAGAAAACCCAGGGUUGAAUUACCCUAAAACACAAAAUACAUGCAAUACAAUUGGAGGAGAGGACCCAGGGGAACAGAGGAGAUUAGGAGCCGUUACCACCGGGAACAGUACCGCCAAGGUGUGUAGGCUGCCGGGAUCCACCUUCGCGAGCUUCCGUAAUGAAAGCUCGCCGAAAUUGGACAGGCUCCACCCUCCACAAUUGGACAGGCUCUAUACCCCCCUCACCACUCCGCAAUGGCAGGCGAGUGCCCUGGGCCCCUCAUACCUCCCUAAAUAUAGCAAAAUCUUACUUGUAUUCAAGCCUGAAACUGUAGCUUUGCAUGCUGUUUGCCUCAGAAAAACAAGCAGUCUGUGGACAUCAUCAGAAGUGGUGGCCUGAUCCAAUCACAAUGCUUCCCCAUAGGAUUGGCUGAGACUGACAAAGAGGCAGAUCAGUGCAGAGCCAGCGUUAUUCAAACACAGCCCUGACCAAUCAGCAUCUCCUCAUAGAGAUGAAUUGAAUCAAUGAAUCUCUAUGAGGAAAGUUCAGCGUCUGCAUGCAGAGGGAGGAGAUACUGAAUGUUUGGAUGCGUUUUAGGGAGCCAUGACCCAGGAAGGAUCUCUAACAGCCAUCUGAGGAGUGGCCAGUGAAGUUAUCACUAGGCUGUAAUGCAAACACUGCAUUUUCUCUGAAAAGACAGUGUUUACAGCAAAAAGCCUGAAGGUAAUGAUUCUACUCACCAGAACAAAUUCAAUAAGCUGUAGUUGUUCUGGUGACUAUAGUGUCCCUUUAAUUCACACUUUCUAGCACUUUUCCACUUUGUGGCAAAUAAUUCCUCAUUUGUCCAAAAUAUCCCUCAAUGCACCUUUUGCCUCAUUUUAUUUUCAAAACAAUUUCAGAAUUCUUUGUUUUUGUUUUCUCGGCUGACAAAUGUAUCGCUUGCAUUGUAUAUUAAACAGAGGUAAAAGCAUGUCUAUUUCUGACAGAUCUUUGUGCCGCUGUCAGAGUGGGGGGUUUUCUGUGACAGCUUUCCCCCUAAUAAUAUUACUCAUUUGUCUUAUUUUGUGAAUGUAAUCAACGAUGAAGUCAUCAGGAAAAAAUAUCACAUUAGAGAAAAAGGUGGGAAAAUGUUUCUAAUGCGUUAAAGGCGGAGUAAAAUGUAUAAAUAUAAGAACAAGGUGCGUGCACACACUACUGGCACAAACACCAAAACUAAUGUGAUGAUUUUAUACAUAAUCCCUCUUCUUGUGUUUAAGGUUUGAACAGCGUACCCAUUCCUGUGAACCUCAGAUGUUUUUUUGUUUUUUUUUUACCAUCUUUAUUUUCUGUGAAUAAAAAAGUAGUUACAGACUUUGUUUGCGAUGCCAUGACAGCAUAAAUAAACUAUACAUUGGAAUAUAAAGGCGUGACAUAGAGAAACUGUGCACAUUUUUAUAAUAAUGGGAAGAAAUAGAGGAGCGAAGGAGACAAUAAAAAUGAGAAAUUUAAUUUAUGCAGGAUGAACAUACAAGUAUAAAGUACCACCCCAGAUAGCUCUAGUGGUGAUUGCUAUUGUCCAUGGUAUAUGGGACAUACAAUAUACGAUUAGAUGUUAAUAGCUAUUUAGUAAAAUAUAAUAUCUGUACUUUUAUUUCAUGCAGACUAGUCCAGAUGGUCAGAGACAAGCAAGCUUCACAAUUAAAGAGACAUUGUGCCAAAAAUCAGACAGAAGAUUAAUGGACGAAUGUGAAUUUAAAAGCAAUGGGGUACGUGCUACAAGAAUGCUAUUUUCCAGUCUGUAUGGCCUUCAUGUUAUUAGGAUGUAUAUUGUCAUAAGAUUGUAUUGUACUGACUAAUCACCAAUUUAUAAAAUCAUUUUUUGUCUACCUCAUAAUGAGGAUAUUAUUUUCACACAUUCUGAUCCAGGAACAGAGCACUUCUGCAUUACCUAAUGGAUUUAACUAAUCACUAUCACAGCAUUAAUCUUUUAUUAUCUAAACACUCCUCGCGAAAUCGUUCUCUUUCGUUCGCUGUGCACGAGUGGUUAUGGCUCCAAAGUACAAAACAGUUUGUUUGCAGCCAGAAAGGGGAGAGCAUUCCACAAACAAUAGUUAUCAGAGAAUCAUUAGUGUAUAUACGUUUUAAGUCUGAAUAUAGAACUUAAUUUAACAUCCUGAAGGUGAUUUUAAGGAGUUAAUUUCUUAAAAUUGUACAUCAAUUUCGGCAAUGUUUGUAUUUAUUUUUUGUCACUUAUCUUAUAAGACAUAGACAUUUGUACUUUUCAUCCAUUCUGCAGUAUUGCAAAAUAUAUGUGUGACAAAAUGGCCUUUCUAACAUGUUAUUUUGGUAUAUUUUCUAGUUAUACACUCAGCUGCAUUGUAUGCCCUAAGAAGGAGCCAGAGAAUUGUGGCAAUUCAGCCUGUGUUGACGCAGUGGGAUGUCCAAGGGGAUAACUAGCGGAACCUAAUUUCCAUCCUAGUUAAUUUUCUCAUUGGUGUACAAUAUUUUAAAUACAUUUGUGCUGUGGUCUUUAAGAAAAGCUGGGGGCUUCAGAAUAAAGUGUGAAUCAACAAGGUCUUGGUUGGAAUCAUGCAUGUUUAAGUCGUACCAAGGAAGUAUAUUCAGUGAUUUGCUAGUGGAACAAGCUAGUUAUUAUACUCUAUACCAGCCGGAACAUACAACCACAGUAUAUCCUGGUUUGCCGGUGAGUCCGAUACCAAGCAAACGUAACCUUAGGUCUUAGUUGAGCAGUUAGUGGUACAGAUUAGGCAAAGAAACCCAUUGACGACAGCAGACCUGAACUGGUACACCUUUAAUGCCAGAGACGCCGGGACCAUAUCAUCACAAUAUGCAAUUUCUAAUUAAUUUAUCCUUGCAAAUUAAUUCUGUCUGGAAUGAACAAAAAUGGAAGAAAAAGUUUAAUUAGGUAUAUUUGCAUAAUUUAUACACCUUGCCGUCUUCUCCUUGCAGCAAGCUAUGCAUCCUACAUUACAAAAUGGAUCUUGGUAAUGAGAGAUUUAGAAUUAAAAAUAUCUCCAGCCUUCCUUCUGUUCUGUGUAUUAUCCACCCUUGUAAUUCCACAUUUCAUUUUAUUUUCCCAUAGCUUAUCAAAACCUGCACGGCAUCUACCAACGGUCCCGAAUCUGUGUUUUCCGUGGUCUGCAAUGAUGUCAUAAUCACAGUAGGUUUUUUACCGAGAUAGUAAAUUAAAAUUCUAAAUAUUUUACCAAAUUUCUUAAUGUUCUUACUGAGGGGAAAGAGCAGAUCCAUAAGAUACAAUAGGCACCCAAACCUCUACAGAUUAAUGCAGUGGUUCUGGGGUAUUGCUCUUGUCUCUGCAGGCUGAGCAGUGCAAACACUGUCUUUUCCGAUAUAAAGCACCUCUAGUAGUUGUCACUCAGGCAGCCGCUAUGCAUUGAGUUGAUGCUGAUUGGAGCAGUGCAGCAAAUGCCACACAUGCGCACUAGUCUCCCCCGUGCUUCUCUAUGGGGGAGCAUUGGAUUGGCUGAGAUCAUUAGAAUUGAUGGUCUAAGCCAGUGGAGGUGGAGUGACCACAGUAAGACAAGUGCAGCGAGAGCUAAAGGUAAAUAAAUCUAAAUAUUCAGUUAAUUUAUUGGGACCCCAAACAUCGUAAUGUUUAUAUUAACACUCUAGCAUUAGGCAUGCUUGUUUGUAUUCCUGAAGCUCAUAAUUCACAGGAUGACAUCAUCAACCAUGGAUUAUGAGAAACUAGUUUUGGAAAUAACAGCAUCCCUGAUGAUAAAUAGGUCUGCAACAUAGUCAGUUUGUUGAAGAGAUAUAUGUGUAUGUAUACUUGCAGUGUAGUACUGUAAUAUAAGUAAUUUUAUUUAAUUUUUUUACAUUUAGUCAAACAGGAAUGGAAAUGAUAAUCAGGUCACUGAAAACAAACUAGAACAUGCACCAGGAGAAGACAUGGAUGACCAUGAAGAAGCUGGUGUGGGUUUCACUCAACAAGAUCCUACUGUGAGCAUCAAGGAAAAAAAUAAUGGGGGUGUUCCAGAAGAAGACAGUGACGUCAGUAAGAGGGAGAUAAAAGGACUUUUUUUGCCAGACGUAGACGUUGUUAUACUGGAAGAUGGCAGUGAGUUCAUUUUACAAAACAAUGAGAACCAUCCAGAUGAUAAUUUUUUUUCUGAAAGUGAGAAUCAGCCCAUGCUGACAACCUUCGGUACUAUGCCGGGAGGUCGCUUUAUUGGAAGAAUGAUGUGCUUAGAGUGUAUAUUUCACUUUUUUUCAAAAAAAUAACCAACUUAAACCUCACAGCAAAAUUAUACACUUUAAAACAUCUGCCAAAUUUUAUGACUACCCAUAUUGUUUUUUUAAUGAUUGAUUUCCAGAAUUCCAACGACUUGCUACAUUACUCGUAUUUCUUAUAUCUCACUGGUGAUCACUAUACAUGACACAAAUCUAGUUUACUCUUUACAUCAAGGUUUUUAAAAAUAAUUAGCAUUUUGAUUGGCUGAUGGAUUCCACUCCUGACCUCCUUUCUUGUCCUUGCUUUGUACAUUUAUUGACCAUAUCCUGGAAAAGAUGUACAUCAGUCCUUUUUGUAAAUCUAAAUAAAACCUGUUGGUGAAAUGAUAUGUAUAAGUUAUGCUAGAGUACAAGUUUGUUAAUAUUUUCAUUUAAUGAGUUUAAACAGCGACAUAUUUAAAAUUAAAGGGCUACUCUAAGCACCAUGAUCAUUUCAGUGCUUUGCAGUGGUUAUGGUGCCUGGAGUCUGUACAUGCAGUGUUUUGUUAUAAAAUAAGGAGAUUAAUCUCUCUGGUGUAACUCCACCUCCAGCAACAUCAUUGAGCCAUCUUUAACAAGCUCUAGGGCCGGUGCUAGACUAUUUUGUGCACUAGGCAAGAACAGGUACUUGCACCACUCAGUGGCGGAUCCAGAGCCUGAUCUCGGGAGGGGCACUUGUAGAUUAUUUAAAGAAAUAAUCCAGACACAAUAACCACUACAGCUUAGUGUAGCGGUUAUGGUGUCAAUAGUGCCGGGAUCCCCUCCCAGAGUAAGUAGUCAAACCGUUUAAUAAAUGGGGCUGUAGUAGGGCAUAGGAGCAGUGGUGUGUGUGAGUGGUGCAAUGUGUAAGGGAUGCAGUGUGUGUGUGUGAGGGGGACAGUGUGUGUGUGAAGGUUGCAGUGUGUAUGUUAGGUCGGCAGUAUAUGUCAGGGGUGCAGUGUGUGUGUUAGGGGGGCAGUGUAUGUGUGGGUCAGUAUUUGUGUGUGAUAUUUGCAAUGUGUGUGUGUGUGAGGAUUGUAGUGUAUGUGUGAGUGUGGGGCAAUAUGUGUGUAUGGAGGGGCAGUGUAUGGGGGUAGUGUGUAUAAGGUUGGUGUGUGUGUUGGUGUUGGUGUGUGUGUGGGGCAGUGUAUGUGUAUGGGGGCAGUGUGUGUAUAUGGGGCUGUGUGUGUGUAUGUGGGGCAGUGUGUGUAUAUGUGGGGCAGUGUGUGUGUGUAUGGGGGGUGUGUGUGUAUGUGGGGCAGUGUGUGUAUGUGGGGCAGUGUGUGUAUGGGGGUAGUGUGUGUGUAUGGGGGUAAUGUGUGUGUAUGUGGGGCAGUGUGUGUGUAUAUGUGGGGCAGUGUGUGUGUGUGUGGGGGUAGUGUGUGUGUAUGGGGCAGUGUGUGUAUAUGGGGGCAGUGUGUGUAUAUGUGGGGCAGUGUGUGUGUAUGGGGAGCAGUGUGUGUGUAUGUGGGGCAGUGUGUGUAUAUGUGGGGCAGUGUGUGUGUGUAUGUGGGGCAGUGUGUGUAUAUGUGGGGCAGUGUGUAUGGGGGGCAGUGUGUGUGUGUAUGGGGGCAGUGUGUGUAUAUGAGGGGGCAGUGUGUGUGUAUGUGGGGCAGUGUGUGUACAUGUGGGGCAGUGUGUGUGUAUGGGGGGCAGUGUGUGUGUAUGGGGGCCAUAUGUGGGGGGCAGUGUGUGUGUAUGGGGGCAGUGUGUGUGUAUGUGGGGCAGUGUGUGUAUAUGUGGGGGGCAGUGUGUGUAUGGGGGGCAGUGUGUGUGUGUAUGGGGUGGGUAGCGUGUGUGUAUGGGGGGCAGUGUAUGUGUAAGAGCUCCCGGGUCCUCUCUCUCUCCCUCCCCCCGCCAGCUGCCAGCACAGUGCCUGUGGACCGGGGAGGGAGAUCACUGAUCUCCCCUCCGGUCCUUGAAGGCACAUUGCAGGGCUGGCGCUUAGACACUGGCACCACUCGCCCCACAAAACAAUUGCAACUUGAAUUUUUAAAAACAGAUUUGUUAAAAAAGUUAAAGGUAUAAAACGUUAAACUACCAUGUCAUUUAGCCCCUUUGUGUGCCUCUUUGUUCUCCCAGCCCUUCUGUGUGUCCCAUUGAUCUCCACCAGCCCAUUUGCAUGUCCCUUUGUCACCCCCAUUCCUCUGUGUGUCUCUUUGUAUCUCUUUGUCUCCCAGCCCCUCUGUGUGCCUCUUUGUCUCCCCCCAGCCCCUUUGUGUGUCUCUUUGUUCCCCCAGCCCUUCUGUGUGUCACUUUUUCAACCCCCAUCCCUCUGUGUGCCUCUUUCUCUCUCCCUAGCCCCUCUGUGUGCUUCUUCAUCCCCCUGUCCCCUUUUAUGUGUCUCUUUGUUUAACCAGCCCUUCUGUGUGUCACUUUGUUGCCGUAGCCCUUCUGUGUGUCACUUUGUCAACCCCAGCCCCUCUGUGUGGCUCUUUGUAGCUUCAUAUACCAUGGCUGAGCAGACCGCAGUGGAGAAUCUUCUGUUUCCUCCACUCAGUCUGACAGAAGCUGUUCGUUGCUCUCAAUGAGCCACUUCUCAUCUGACCUGGAAAAGGAUACAGAAGGCUCUAAACCGCAAUCCACCAUUCAGUCAUGCUACAUGCAGCGACCGGUAUGAUGGGUAGCACUGUGCAGUGUGCUCCCCUUCUAACGGUCAACCGGACACUGCCCUAGGCGGCUGUACAAUAUGCCUUGUGGUAGCACUGGCCUUGGCCAGCCCGGAUCAAUAACCUGACAAACUAAUAUGAAUUCUGUGAAUAUUUGCUGUUUGAUAUCAGCAUGCACAGCUUGCUGGUACCAGAUAGCCCAUGGUGAAACACCCUUCUCUCUAUGCCCCCAAGUUCUCCCCACAGCUUACCCUCUCUGACAUCUGUUGAGCAAGGGGAAGUGACAGCUGAAGAAGAUCAGACUGAAAAGAGAACUGGACCACAGCACUUGAACAGAGGUAAGGCUUAGCUAUUUUUGUUUAAUUGGGGGGAGGGUGGGGAGGGGGACAGUAUAAGAAGGUUUACUGUGACCAAAAAUAUUGUUUUCUAAAAAUGCUGAGUUUUUAGGUUGGAGUAAACCUUUAAAAGGACACUAUAGUCACCUGAACACCUUUAGCCUAAUGGAGCAGUUUUGGUGUAUAGAACAUGCCCCUGCAGCCUCACUGCUCAAUCCUCUGCCAUUUAAGAGUUAAAUCCCUUUGUUUAUGAACCCUAGUCACACCUCCAUGCAUGUGACAGAAGAAGAACACUAGGAAAAUGGGACCUGUCGUGUGUCUACCAUAUUCACUUCCUCUACAGGUUUUAAAGGGAACCUGCCAAUCUCUGCUCCCCCCAACUCUGCUACAAUUCUGUUAUACACACCUCAGGUCCGCUCAUGUGCUUCCUGCAGUCGUCACUGAUUUGCUUCCCCAAGCAGGAAGAACCUCCUCCAUAAUACCAAAUUGGCUUGGUGGCCAACAAGCUGGUGUCUGAAUGAAGUUGUCAGUCACUGUGGUAGUUAUGGGUGAAGGACAGAAGGACAGCCUGUCUUUUCUGCUCUCCCUUAUCAGUCAAUUACUUGACAGAGCCUAUUCUGAAGAAUUGAUUGACAGGUGGGAAAAGAAAACUAUUUUUAAAUUGAAUUUUUCUCCUAAACUAUUAAUUUGCUUUAAGAAAUGCUAACAAAAUGCAUAGAUUAAAAUCAAGUCCCCUUUAAAGUAGUCAAAUCUCACAAGAAUUCUGGUUUUCAGAAAAUAAAUAAAUGUAUAUUCUAACUGUUCCUAUAAAAUAUCUUCUUACUGUUCAUAUAAAAUAUCACAACCAACACAGCAACUUGCCGAUAAAUUAAAGCAUCCAUCUAUGUCUAGUUAAUCAGUUCAUAACCUUUACCAUUAUGAAUGUUGUAUAGACAGCUGCAGACUGACUCUCAUAUAAAGCAUUGUACAUUUUGUAUUGUUUAUUUGUUAUACUUUGCCUAGUGUAAGGAUUGUGCAAUGUAUAACACUGUGUAUUUUACAACACUAACCUUCCCCGGCGCAUUCCGCAUACCCUUAUCUGUGCUGCUAUAAUACUAUAUCUCUCAGUAACAGACACCACAUAGUUAUUUUGUACCAAAUCAAUCUUGAUAUUUGCAGAGUUUACCCUAUUCUGGAACAGAAAGCGAUAAAUAUAACUCAUUAGUCUUGUAACAGUUAACUUCAAAAGAGGUUAAACAGAAUUCCUAAAAUUGGACAUAAUUGCUCUCUUUUUGGCAAAACUCCUGCAUGUAAUCCUGGGGAACACUCAUACGACUAUUUGACACUUCCAAGCCUGAAGCCAGUGGUUAUAGCUUGUGUUCGACUUUCCUUCAGCCUGCAUUCCCACUUGAAGAAGGGGUAGGUGGCCGAUCCUCAGCCUUGAUUUGGAGCUUGCUUUCUUGCAGCCCUGUCCCCCCUUCCCGCCUGGACUGGCCUGGGAUAUCCCAGUCCCCACUGAAGUAUUGGCCAGGUCAUCUCGUCAAGCUACACAGCCUACAGCUAAGGAGAGUUGAGGCUUGGAUAUCAACCUGCCCGCAUUCACCCAUGCAUGUGGAUCCACUUAUCAAGGCAUUCGAUCGUAUCUGUGAAACCUUCUGGGCAAAGCUCUGUGAGGAUGUACUUACCUCCACUCCUGCUGCUCAUGUCGCAGCCCCUCGAACCCACCUGCCAGCCGAUGUCACCUAAAUAGGUAUCCCCCACAAGUUCCCAGCGAGGCAUACGAAAGAGAAGGAGCGAUAGGUGCCUGUACCUCACCCCGAUCAAUCAGGCACACUCUAUCUGAUACAGAGUCCUUUCACUCAUGUUGCUAGUUGUGCAAGACCAAAGGUUAUGGGUAUGAGCUCCAGCUGAGGGUCGGGAUGUCAUCCUGAGGAAGCUAGUGCUGGACUGUGUGAGUGCUUGGGCUGGGUGGAGGGUCUCCAUGGGAGUAGAUGAUGGUGGUUAAAGCUGGGACUCUCCAUCAAUGGGCAUCUGUUGAUUGGUCCACAAACCUUACCUGCAGCUUGGUUGUUUUAUUCAUGAUCUCAAUGUGCACAAUGCAGGUAUUAUUUAAGGUGUUUUGCUCUGUUAUUACAUCCUAUUGAGUUAAAUCUAAUAAUACCAUGGUUUAUAUCUCUUGAAGCUAUCUACAGUCCUAUGCUAAAGCAUUCCUAAUUGUUUCGCAGUUUAACAUAAUAGAAUUGUGCUCCUGAUGUCUUCUAAUUUCCUAAAUAAAAGGUCUAUACCUUGUUAUUGGCAUUUAUAUUCAGGGAAAAAGUCUAUGUGCUCUUCUUUGUUAUGUUAUGCAUUACAAAAAUAAAGAAUGUAAAAAUAUUUUUUUAAUUGAAUUUCUAGGUAUUACUGUUUAGUACAGUUCAGGGUCCUUGAAACAUCAUCUUGACACAGUUGGUGGAAGUGUCUGUGGGUAUAAAACCACAAGAUCUUAGAAGUUCUGAAGAAUCUUAAUGCAGCGUGAGAUUGACACGUCGCAAACAGCUGCCGUUAAUCCCUUUAUGUCAAUAUUUUCCUUCCUAUUGUUAAGGAGUUUUCAUUUUUUACUCAUUCAGAUCACCUUAUCUGCUUCACGUGUCUCUUGCUCAAUGUUUAUCUAAUCACAUUGCCAAAGAAUGUGAGCUCCCAGGUGAGCAAGAAAGUGGUACCUCCCCUCUGCUGUUUUCUUACCUUAAGUAAGUACCACAGAUCACUUUCAUGAAAGAGAUUUUGCAUAGAGAGGGACCAGCACUACUGACAGGUAGAUAAAUGUGUGCAGGCCUCCUUCUGUGAACUCUAAACUUUAACACAGUAAAGAAUAAUGGAGCCGCAACACCACAGGUCUCAGUGUUUAUAGAAUUUGGUAAUACACCACACUAACAAAGUGGAUCUGACAACGUUUAGACCAAAUUUAAAUACACUUUUAAUAAUUUGAUUGAACAAUCACAGCAGCUCAUACUGGAGGGAACACAGCAGCUCCCACUGGGGGGAACACAGCAGCUCCCACUGGGGGGAACACAGCAGCUCAUACUGGAGGGAACACUGCAGCUCACACUGGGGGGGACACAGCAGCUCACAUUAGGGGGAACACAGCAGCUCACACUGGGGGGAACACAGCAGCUCACACUGGGGGGAACACAGCAGCUCACACUGGGGGGAACAUAGCAGCUCACACUGGAGGGGAUACAGCAGCUCACACUGGAGGGAACACAGCAGCUCACACUGGGGGGAACACAGCAGCUCACACUGGGGGGAACACAGCAGCUCACACUGGGGGGAACACAGCAGCUCACACUGGGGGGAAUACAGCAGCUCACACUGGAACAUAGCAGCUCGCACUGGGAGGAACACAGCAACUCACACUGGGGUAAACACAGCAGCUCACACUGGAGGAAAUACAGCAGCUCAUACUGGAGGGAACACAGCAGCUCACACUGGUGGGAACAGAGCAGCUCACACUGGGAGGAACACAGCAGCUCACACUGGGGGGAACACAGCAGCUCACACUGGAGGGAACACAGCAGCUCACACUGGGGGGAACACAGCAGCUCAAACUGGGAGGAACACAGCAGCUCACACUGGGGGGAACAUAGCAGCUCACACUGGAGGGGAUACAGCAGCUCACACUGGGGGAACACAGCAGCUCACACUGGGGGUAACACAGCAGCUCAAACUGGGGGGAAUACAGCAGCUCACACUGGGAAGAACACAGCAGCUCACACUGGAGGGGAUACAGCAGCUCACACUGGAGGGAACACAGCAGCUCACACUGGGGGAACACAGCAGCUCACACUGAAGAGAACACAGCAGCUCACACUGAGGGGGAACACUGCAGCUCACACUGGAGGGAACACAGCAGCUCACAUUGAGGGGGAACACAGCAGCUCACACUGGGGGGGGACACAGCAGCUCACACUGGGGGGAACACAGCAGCUCACAUUAGGGGGAACACAGCAGCUCACACUGGGGGGAACACAGCAGCUCGAGAACACAGCAGCUCACACUGGGGGUAACAAAACAGCUCACACUGGGGGGGGAACACAGCAGCUCACACUGGUGGGAACACAGCAGCUCACACUGGGGGGAACAUGGCAGCUCACAGUGGGGGGAACACAGCAGCUCACACUGGGGGGAACACAGCAGCUCGAGAACACAGCAGCUCACACUGGGGGAACACAGCAGCUCACACUGGGGGGAACACAGCAGCUUACACUGGGAGGGAACACGGCAGCUCACACUGGAGGGAACACAGCAGCUCACUGUAGAAUAUUGCAUAUUCUAUGUUUCUAUUGAUUAUAUAUAUGGAUGUGUGGAUUGACAUAAGUAACAGAUGGUAUCAAUAAGUCACAAGGCUUUCUUUGUCCGAGAGCUCUGGAAUGUGGGGGUUUUGUCCUUAUAUGGCUAGAGUUAUAUGCUGACGUUAGUAUUAGCACUUCUAUAUAGUAACAGAGGGACACGAGGUCUCUCAGUCUUAGUCUUGGCUCUGUACAAUGAUGUAACUCUCCCAUCAGAAGUCCAGCAAUUACCAUCUGCUGUUGAAUGUCCAUAAUCCUGUAACAUCCUUUAUGUUUUAUUAUGUAUCCGUAACAAAGAAUAAACCUGAAGAAACCGUAAGUCAGAUUGCGUAUUACUACUUUUCAAUAAUAUAGACAUAUAUUAUUGUGGCGAGCAUUUGGCCCAAGAAUAUAUAUACAAAAGACGUAUAUAUAUCAAUCAACUGAAGAUAAGAAGAAAUUAAGAAGAUUCUACAUGAACAUCCAUUCAUCUAGUUUUUUACAUUGGCUAGCCUGCCAGUCUUCUAUUCAAGUUUUGUUCCCACUUCAAGGGGGGGAGAGAGAAGAAUCGAGUUACAAAGCUAUUUUGGAACUGGGAAAACAAACUUGAAGAGAAAAAAAGAAUCUAGAUUAGCAUAGCAGAACUGUGGUUUGUAAGAAAAAGAAAGUUUUCAAAUCAAAGACUGUACAAGACUAUUUUCUACAACUGAGACAAAAGCACAAGAUACAAUGUGAAUUCUAGAAGCAAGCACGUGGCAGAGAUUGGCACGCGUCCAGAAUCAAGCGUCCAGAACUGCGCAGCUGUGUGGAUGAAGCAACGAAAUAGACAGAAAUAACUGAUCUGGUAAAGAGUGACAGAUCCAUGUGGCAAUAAAUCAGGAAAGCAUUCCUUCAGACAACUGGACAUCGACUGCUGGAAAGAGACUUUUCAUCUGAUCUGCAAACUGUGAUGGAAGAUUCUACAGAGUUCAUUCGAUUCAGAAGAUUAACAGACUUACAAAGAAAUAAAAGAUUGACACUAACAUACAUAUAUAUUCCUAAAUAUUAAUGAAGAAGAAAACAGACAAUGAAAAGUUAUUUAACAGUUAUGAGUAUUAAUACCAAGAGAGACUACUUAUAGCUAUAUAACACAUGGAGUACAAUUACAAAAGGAUAGUAUUAUGAAGAGAACUAUUACAUUAUUACCUAUACAUAGAAUGAGAAGUAUCAGAGGUAGAUAAAAUAUGAAGUUGAUAAAAUAAGGAUCAUGGUUACUUAAUACCACAAAGAUUGAGUGCAAUAGUAUCUCAUAGAUUAACUAUAAUGAGUAAUUUGUUUAUAUCGAGGUGAAGUAAAACAAACAAUGGUAACAUAAGGAAGAAAACUAAGGAAGGAUAAUUUAUAUUGAUUAAUAUUAAGUAAUUAUAUACAUUAAAGAGUUCAGAUAUCCAAGAGGAAUUUAAUUGAAAGAGUAUAGUACACAAUUAUAUUUGACCUAAGUCUAUAAAGGUAUGGACUAGGGAGAAUAGGUUUCUGGAUAUGACGGUAUCCAAUGAAUACGUUGUUAAGAUUUCCCUGAGUUUGUAAGACACAGACUAGGAAUAAGAGUUUCUGGGCAGUAUGACCCCAAGUUUUGUUUAUUUUAUUUUAUUUUAGUCAGUUGAAGUGUACUAAGGAAUACGGAUUGGCCAGAACAUUAGGACAAUCCUGCUUUUAAGAUGUAUUACAUUAAUAAGUCAUCACGAAGCUAAUGAAGAGAGUGAUGAUAAUUAAUUAAAAUUAUUCUUUCCAAGUUCUUUUAAAGUAAACUAUGUUUCUGUUGAAUGAAAGGUUUGUUACUACAAGGUGGAAUUUUAGUGAAAAUUAUAAUUAUGUAAACAAAAACAAAUCUAUAAAAGAAAGAUUUCUGGGUGGAGAAUUUCUAGAACAAUAAGUAUUGUCAACACCAUGAACAUUAUUUGAAGAAUUAUUAUAGAACUUCAUGGUUGAUAACACAUCCUUUGAAUGAGUCUUAUAAGUAGUGUUGGUAUAUUUCAGGUAGUGAGAGCCUACUGAAUAUACAAAUUAAAUACUAUGAUUGUAAAGUACUGAUACAAUCAUCACUAGGUGGUAUUAAUGGUAUAGGAAUGUAAUUCAUGAAUACAAAUGAUAAAGAUUUUAAGUUGCUAGAAACCAUACGAUUCAUGGAAAUAUAAUUGGACAGGAUAUUAUAGUAAUACAUGUAUUAGUACUUAAGUAAUAUCAGGUAUUGAGAAUGAAAAUACUAUGCUAUAUGUGUCUGUAGGAAUAUGAUAGUGUUACACAGUUAUUAUUAUUUAGAAAGUUACGAUCUUGGAUUUUGUUAUCUACAAAGACAUGACUGUACCUGAGCAGGUAGAUAUUUUUGAUUGCUUUAUUGUUUAUUGGAUAAACAUUUGUAAAUAUUUUAUUUUAUUCAUUUAUCAUUAUAUGUAUAUAUUAUGUUCAAGUAGUUAUGAUGUAACAUGGAUAUGGAUAUCAAUACAUAGCUGAAACAAAGGGAGUUUUGAAGUAAAGUAAGCAGUAUGAGGAAUAGAAACUCGACCUUCUAAGAACUCUCAUAUAAUAGAAAAUUGUGACUACAUCUUGUUCUAUGCUCAAUGAAUGUGAUACAAGUGAUGUAUGAAUGGACAGGCUAGUGACAUUGUGUUAUGGUUUUAAAACAAACCAUAAACAGAGGGAAUGUAGAAUAUUGCAUAUUCUAUCUUUCUAUUGAUUAUAUAUAUGGAUGUGUGGAUUGACAUAAGUAACAGAUGGUAUCAAUAAGUCACAAGGCUUUCUUUGUCCGAGAGCUCUGGAAUGUGGAUUCGGGGGUUUUGUCCUUAUAUGGCUAGAGUUAUAUGCUGACGUUAGUAUUAGCACUUCUAUAUAGUAACAGAGGGACACGAGGUCUCUCAGUCUUAGUCUUGGCUCUGUACAACGAUGUAACUCUCCCAUCAGAAGUCCAGCAAUUACCAUCUGCUGUUGAAUGUCCAUAAUCCUGUAACAUCCUUUAUGUUUUAUUAUGUAUCCGUAACAAAGAAUAAACCUGAAGAAACCGUAAGUCAGAUUGCGUAUUACUACUUUUCAAUAAUAUAGACAUAUAUUAUUGUGGCGAGCAUUUGGCCCAAGAAUAUAUAUACAAAAGACGUAUAUAUAUCAAUCAACUGAAGAUAAGAAGAAAUUAAGAAUCAUCAACAUUGAACAUCCAUUCAUCUACAUUUUUUACACUCACACUGGGGGGAACAUGGCAGCUCACACUGGGAGGAAUAUAGCAGCUCAUACUGGGGGGAACACAGCAGCUCACACUGGGGAACACAGCAGCUCACACUUGGGGGAACACAGCAGCUCACACUGGGGGGAACACAGCAGCUCACACUGGGGGGAACACAGCAGCUCACACUGGGGGGACAUGGCAGCUCACACUGGGAGGAAUACAGCAGCUCAUACUGGGGAACACAGCAGCUCACACUGGGGGAACACUGGGGAACACACUGGGAAACACAGCAGCUCACACUGGGGAACACAGCAGCUCACACUGGGGGGAACACAGCAGCUCACAGUGGGGGCAGAACAUGGCAGCUCACAGUGGGGGGAACAAAGCAGCUCACAAUGGGGGGAACACAGCAGCUCACACUGGGGGGAACAUGGCAGCUCACACUGGGAAGAAUACAGCAGCUCAUACUGGGGGGAACACAGCAGCUCACACUGGGGAACAGAGCAGCUCACACUGGGGGGAACACGGCAGCUCACACUGGGGGGAACACAGCAGCUCACACUGGAAGGAGUUCUAUUAACCAAAAAAAAAAACACAACAGUAGCCUCUAUUAAGAUAUAAAAACAUUCUCACAUUAUGUUAAAUGCAUCUAAAUAAUAAUUUGUUUCCGCAUAUUAUCUUAAUUUAAUCAUAUGGUUCAUCACUUGGGUAAUGUAAAGCAAAUAAUAUUAAUAACUACCAGGAAAUUAUCCUUGAUAGACUUCUUCAUAAUAAAUCCAGAGUUGUCUUUUCUUUGAUACUUUGUAUCCCCAUCCACUUGUAACAAGGUCCGCCUCGUAUAAUAAUUACAGUUAGGAUUGGACCAGUCCUGUGUUUACUGUCACAUUUGUACAAUUGCACAAUAUACGUUACAUUAUGUGACACAACGUUUCCAUGAUUUUCUUGAAAACAUCAGACAUCUCCUAAGAUUUGUCGUUAAAAUAAUUUCUCAAUUGAUAAAUAUCUUUAAAGCUAUCUGAAGGAUCAGACAUUUUAUUGAACAAUUUUAUGAAAUGCUGUUGUGCUGUACGUGAUCUUUGAACAUUAGAAAAAAUGAUUUAUUAUUGUCACAAAACACAUGAAGCAAUUUAAUGCAUCGUUGUCUCAAGUCCUGGAAACUGAGUGGAGCCAGGUUUGACGUGUGUUACUAAAAAAAUAAAUUGCUGAGUAUAUUAACACACAGAGAUCGAUAAUUAUUCAGAGGUUUAAUUACAUUCUUACUGCACGUGUUGGGUAAUUUCCACCAAACAAAUUAUAUAGCCAGCAAUGUUUGAAUGCUGAGUAAUGCAAUCCUCGUGGUGAAUGUACGAAUGAAUAUAAGGAGACUGUCAGUAUUGAAGCUGUGCUCCAAGUGAUAUCAUUAACAUCUCCCCGUUUGUACAAUGCGUUUCUGGUUACAGUCUCAUUUGAUGGUAUUUUUUUUCAUUCCAUUGGUAGCAUGUAAAUCGAUCUCCGAAACCGGCGUGGCAUGGAGACAUCAACAGGCUGCUUUUGUCACAAAGGCUGUUUCUGUCUACAACGUCAGGACAAACAGUGCUAUGAUUUUCAAAUUGUUUAAAAGCAAUCAUGCGGUGAGUACAAGAAAUUUCAAUGUUUUAAUCUGGGGAUUGGUUACUAAGGCACUGCUGUCAUCAGACUGAUGUCCUGUUUACACAAGACUAAAAAGUCAAACAGAUCUGUAAUGCAUUGAUACUCCAAAGCACUGACUUCUAUUAAGAAAACAAGAGUCACAACAUUCAUAUCCCAACCUGAAAAUAUAGACCAAUGGAAAACUUCAAUGUCUUGGAAAAUGUUUCUAGUUUGGGUCAUGUUGGUCAAAACUUUGAAACCCACUUUGAAUACACUUCGACUUAUCAGAAAGUCCUACUUUAGUCAUUAACUCUCCCUGUGGGUUAUUUAAAGAAAGCUCAUGUCGACAAGAAUCUUUUAUCAAAAUCAAGGAGGUGAAUCACACCUAACUAUUUAGCAUGUUUUUACCCAAAUAUUGCCAAAAUUCUGUAAAUUUAACCACAGAAUGAGUUCCUGGAGGCAUUAAUAACACAAACUAGUAUGAAAUGGGGCUUAUUAACUAAUUAUUAAAUGGUAACGAAUUGAAAACUAAACUAGAAAAUUAAGGCGAGUGUGAAAUAAACAUAGGGGCUUUUUAAAUGUAUAAAUGUAUAAUGAUAAAGUCUGCAACCACUGUAUUGGUGCUCUGCUCCUAUUACACUGUCUUGUUAGAUUUGUUAAUAGCUUCCCAGCCCUCAGUCUGUACUGUGGCCAUGGCGGGGUUUCAUGUUGUGUGCACAGCCUCUAAGCCAUGUAAGUAAGAUCUCAAUCACACGGCAAAGAGAGAGUACAAACCCGUGGGGACCAGUAAUAGGUUCACUAUAUGUUUCCCAUAAUCACUGGCACCGGAAAUUAAAAUUCAAGUUUUGUCAUUAAGUGGUCACAUUUCCUAAGCCCAUGUAGGCCUAAAACUAGCACUAAUUCAGACUAAAUAUAGAUUUUCUCAAAUCUGUGUUUUUUCUUAAAUGUUGAAAUUCGUUUUUAUUCACUACAAUUCUGUUUUUACUGGAAACAAAUAAAACAAUUUGUGAGAGCUAGAAUCUGCUUUAUCACUUUCAAAUUUAACAAAGAGUUUUUCAAAAUGCCCCCAAGUUGUAUUUAGUUAUAAUGAAACAUUUUGAAGUAACUUUAUUAACAAAUAACACAAUUUACAUGAUAAAAUAGAUGUGUAAUAUUUUUUUUUAACUUUAUGUAUCAUUAUACAAAUACCUUCAAAUAAAAGAAUUUCUACAAAAAAAAUCCAUCAUAUUCUACACCCUUCAAAUUUCACAACAUUGUAUAUCUCCCAUGUGUCCUCGAACAAGUCACCUCCUUCAUGCUAUGCUGAUUUAUCAUUUGGUAACAAUGUUUUUCUCCUACGUGAAGAAAAAUAAAGAGAAAAAUAUUUGUUAUCUUAAACAUCACAAUGCUGACAAAUCUAGGAUUGCAUACAUUCCAUCAUUGGAUUAGUAUGAAGCAACAUGUAAUCUGAUCAUGAAUCGUUACCUUAUAACAAACAGAAAUCAGGAGAGAGAAGAAGACAUUUAGAUUAAAGAUGGAUGAUAUUAUAAACGUAAAUGUCAAUAGCUUGUCCUUUGGGAUAUGCUAACUCCAGAGUUGCUGUUGUUUCGUCGUUCAGUCGUGUCUGACUCUCCGUGACAAUAUGGACCAUAGCACGCCAGGUGCAUCUGUCAGUCACUGCUCCUCUAAGCUCCAACAACUUCUCCGUCCGUGGCUUCAGUCUAUCCAUCUCUAGAGUUAGGCUGAAACAAUUAGCUUGGUUUGCUGUAUCUCCCAUUCAGAGAAGCUCUGCCUGUCCUACCAGUUCUGGACCGGCUCUGUGGAUGGGACUACUCUGGUUUGUUUAGGAAACAGGUUAAAUCUACAAAGGCACAAAUACGCUAAAAUUAGUUUAAGACCUCCUUAGUCGAAAGUGGAACGCACCUUUUAACUACAUCUAAGGCGUACAUGUAUAACUCUGUGUUUUUGGUUUUUUAAUGAGAUAAAACUGGCUGCUCUUGACCUGGCCGGAAUAAUUCUCUAAGAUGAAAUGGUUGUUAUUAAUAAAUAUUAGUCAGAACAAUAAGAGUCAUAGUGAGGAGACGUAAGUUUAGUAGUUUAUUGUCUCGUAGUUUAAAUAUCUGUAUGACAGAAUGCAGCGAUGUAGUCUGAUUAAAUGGGGGCUUGCAUCAUGUUUUGUUUUUAUCUAGAAUUUUAAAUGUAUUCUGUCUGUUAGUGCUGCCACUGCAUUCCUCAACAAAUCCUAAAUAAGUUAAUUAACCCUUUGCAAAUAUUAGCAGGAGACACCCAAAAGCCCCUAUAAACACCAUAACCCUAUCCCCCCAUCCCUCUUGGUGAUGCUAUGGAGUUUACAACACAUGUAAUUGUGUCAUGUAGCUUGAUACGGACAGUCCUGGUGAAGAAAGUGACCCAUGCUUUAUAUACCACGACAAGUGGAUGGUGAUCUUAUUUAAAGAAAUAGAUUUUUGUUAUUAUAGUUCUACAAUAAGUUACCUAAACACAUCCAUCUACAGUGAUAUGAGCAACAUAUGUAGCUUUACAUUUACACAAUAAUAGACAGUAAUCUAUAAAGGACGGUGUCAUAACAUUGGCAGAUGUAUUGAUAUAUUGAUGAAAUAAAGCCUUCCUAUAUGUUGUUUGUGUAGGAUUGAUUUAUUUAUAAUAUGUAUAUUACGUUAUAGUAAUAUAAUAAUAAUAAUAAUAAUAGUUAUAUGACACGCAGGAUUCCUUUACGCAGCCGUAGACACACUAUGGAGAGCCGAGUCCCAGGAUAGUGACAGCUUUGAGAGACCGUUUUAUUUAGAUGAUCCAGGAUAUAUUUAAAAGUUAUUAGAAAUCCAAUGGAAUACACGGAAAAUGGGCUAAUCCUCUAAUGAGUUCUACAAACAAAGACUGAUUGUACAUGUCCUGGUAACUAUGGGUUUCUAUAGCAACAUUGGGUAUAUUUACACAAAUUCAGUCAGAAGAACAAUACAAGUUUAAUGUCCUCCAUCGUUUGGUUUGAAUAAGAAUUGCAUAGAUUUCUUGAUUUUGUAUUAAGGGGAUUACUAUUUACUAAAAAUGGCUUUAUUUUUUAUUUUUUUUACAAUUAAUAAAUAUAACAAAACAUAUUGUGAGUACUUUUCCCAUCGCGCACACCCUCUCCCUGGAGUCCUCACCCUUUAUUUCUAUCUCUCACUUUCUUUACCUUUCUGUCUCCUUCUUUAACUAUCCAACAUCUCGCUUUUAUCAAACAGUUCUACAACAUCUCUUGGUUUUCCUGUUUAGUUCACACUGCUCCCUUUCCAAAAACAAGUGUUGUUGACAUCGGAGAGCUGCCAAGUGGGGCAGGGAGGCUAAUGCCACUAGCAUGGGAGGGCUGGCUAGAGUGAUCGGGGCUAUAGUCUCAAACAAUUCUUUAGAAAAUGAAAAUAGCAGUAGAUGUGCUGGGGUGUCUGUUUGCACAGUUGUGCCGGGGUGAAGCAGCAGGCAGGGAAGAAAAUUGUGGAGACCUUUCCUAGCCCAGCACGGUGUAGGUUUGUAAUUGUGCUGGUGUCCUGUGCUCUCAAUGCCCUCCAGGCUUGGACUGGCCCACUGGGAUAUUUCCCGGUGGAUUACGGUAUCUGACAAACUACAAUAAGUACGUGUGAUGUCUCUGGAGGUGUUUGCCAGUGACCACAUGGUGGUCUGUGACUCUUACACUUUGCACAGAUUAACUUACUACACUGUGUGAAUGUUGUAAUACUGAUGAAGGUUACAGAAAUAUAUAAUAGCUGAAAAGAGAAAAUUGGAAGACAUUUAAAUAAAAUAAAAUCCAAGUGCCACCAGCCUGGAGCAACUCUACUCCAAGACAAUUCACAAGAAAAGCCCAGGCAGAGUUUGGAUAGAAUCCUCAGCAUUGCAUUACGGCAUGUGGUGCAAUGUUUCAUCCAAAGAGCUUAUCCCAAGAUAACCCAACUGCUGUGGCUCAGCUUCUCUCAUAUAUCAGUGAUAAUGACCUGGGAAUUGCUUUUAACUCUAGCACUGAAAAAUCAGAGAGAGAUUUCUUUGGGACCCUAAUGGGCUACUAUAGUUAUGACAAAAACGUAUUAUAAAAUUGUAGACGUCAAUGGACAUCUGUCAGCUUCAAGUGCACACCCCCCGCAAUUAUUAUUAUUAUUAUUAUUGCCAUUUAUAUAGCGCCAAAAGAUUCUGUAGUGCUUUACAAUAUUAUGAGAUGGGGGAUUAAACUAUAAAUAGGACUUCAAAAAAGUGUGCAGGGCGCAGCACAAUUAGAAAUCAAAGCACUUAUGUGUAGCGGGUGGAAUACAAGCAAAAGAUUUCACUAUGUGAAAUGUAACAUUAAAUGUAUGAACAACAACUUGUAUACAAAUGUUCCUGAGAAUGUUGAUGAAAAACUUGUAAGAAUAUACUUAACCGCAUGAAUAACGCUGUACCGCUAUAAUAACCCAAAAUUGCAAAUAAAAAAAAUAAAAAAAACUAUAAAUAGGACAAUUACAAGAAAACUUAGAGGAACGAUCGGUUGAAGAGAACCCUGCUCAAACGAGCUUACAGUCUAUAGGAGGUGGGGUAUAAAACACAAUAGGACAGGAAAUAGCAAUCAAAUAAGGUGGGAGUGAAGCAGAGCUGGAGGAGAGAGCAGAGUGCUGCCCUUUAGGAGAGAGCAAGGGACAGGUAUGUGAGGUAGAGGUUACUCUGGGAGGUCAUAAGCUUUUCUAAAGAGAUGGGCUUUAAGGCACUUCUUAAACGAUUAUUAACCCUUAAUAGGGAACACCUGGGAUGGGUGGCUGCAGCUCAAGAAAGCAAGGUGAAUGGUUAGAGUUAAGACCCACCUGGGGGCGUCUGCCUUGACGUUGGCAGGUGGGCUUAUCCUCUCAUGGCCAUUGGAAAUAACUAAAAAGACCUCCAUUUGUUUAAAAAUACAUAGGGAUUAAGGAGAGAGUGCAGGUAAUUUGUUUUUCUUUGGUUUUUGCUAUAUAUUGGGGCUGAUGUGUACUGUAGUCAUUGCUGCCGCCAAGUGAUGGGAGUGAGCGCAGGACUUAUCUUUCUGCUUUAUAGGUGUGAAUUAGUACUUUGAAUUGACUCCUAUAGGAUACAGGAAGCCAAUAUAAGGACUGACAGAGGGGUGAGGUGUGAGAGGACCGACUAGAGAGGAAAAUCAGUCUGGCGGCAGCAUUCAAUACGGUUUUUGGGAAGACCAAUUCGGAAAGGGUUACAAUAAUCCAUGUGGGAAAUUACUAAAACAUGGACAAGCUCCUUGGUAGCAUCUUGCAUAAGAGAGGGCCGGAUGUGGGCUGUGUUUUUAAGAUGGAAUCUACAGGACUUGGUAACAUGCUGGAAGUGAGGCUCAAAGGUGAGGCCAGAAUUAAGUAUAUAUAUGAGAAAACAGGGGGCUGGCUGUAUUCACCUGAAUUUGCAUAAAUAGGGUGCUGCUUGCCUUUCUUCCAUCUCUGACUGGAUGUCCUCCCGCUUUCUGAAACUCAAUCUCUCUAAAACUGAGCUCCUUGUCUUUCCUCCUCCUAAUACCGAUCCUCCUCUUUCUCUCUCCCUUUAAAUUAGUGGUAUCCACAUCAGUCCAUCCUUGCAAGUGCGCUGUCUUGGUGUCAUAUGUGAUUCUGGCAAUAAAAAAAAAAAAUCCAGCGCACUCCAUUAUCCCCUGAACAGCAACUAACUAAAUCUGUGAGCACUGAAGUUGCUGUCCAGGGGAUAAUGGAGUGCGCUGGAUUUUCUAUUUUUAUUGCCAGAAUCACGUAUGACACCAAGACAGCGUGCUUGCAAGGAUGGACUGAUGUGGAUACCACUAAUUUAAAGGGAGAGAGAAAGAGGAGGAUCAGUAUUAGGAGGAGGAAAGACAAGGAGCUCAGUUUUAGAGAGAUUGAGUUUCAGAAAGCGGGAGGACAUCCAGUCAGAGAUGGAAGAAAGGCAAUUAGUGACACGUUGCAGGAUGGCAGGGGAGAGGUCAGGGGAGGAGAGGUAUAUUUGGGUGUCAUCAGUGUACAGGUGGUAGUGGAAUCCAUAAGAGGUAAUAAGGUUGCCAAGAGAGGCAGUAUAGAGAGAAAAUAGAAGGGGACCAAGGACAGAACCUUGUGGGACUCCAACCAAGACAGGACGAGGGGAGGAGAUGUCAUUAGAAAAGGAGACACUGAAUGAGCGUUGGUAGAGAUAAGAGGAAAACCACAAGAGGACACAGAGACCUAAUGAUUGAAGAGUUUGAAGAAGGAGAGCACGAUCAACAAUGUCAAAGGCAGCAGAGAGGUCAAGAAGAAUUAGUAUGGAGUAGGGGCCUUUGGAUUUAGCUGCAAUUAGGUUGUUGGUAACUUUGAUAUGAGCAGUCUCAGCAGAGUGGAGGAGGCGGAAGCCAGAUAGAAGAGAGUCAAGGAGAGAGUUGGAAUUGAGGAAGUGAGACAUACGGGUAAAGACAAGUCUUUCCAGAAGCUUUGAGGAAAAAGGGAGCAGGGAUAUGGGACGAUAGUUAGAGGGGGAGGACGGGUUGAGAGAUGUUUUUUUCAGGAUGGGUACUACAGUGGCAUGUUUAAGGCCAGCAGGGACAACGCCAGAAGAGAGAGAGCAGUUGAAGAUGUGUCUUAAGACAGGCACGAGACAAGGGGAAAGAGAUCUGAUAAGAUGAGAUGGGAAAGGAUCAACCGGGCAAGUGGUGGGGCGAGAAUAAAGGAGAAGUGCAGCCACCCCUUGUUCAGUAGCCGGGGAGAAAGUCUGAAGGGUAGGAAAGGCAUGAUCUAUGGGUGGUUGAGAAAGAGAACGGCAAGGUGGGGAGAAUUCUUACCUUAGCUGUUCAAUCUUGUCGGUAAAGUAGCAUGCAAAGCUAUCGGCUGAAAGGUUAGUUUGAGAAGUGGCCACAGCAGGGUGAAGAAGAGAGUUAAAGGUGUCAAAGGGAUGCCUAGGAUUGCAGGACCAUGAACUAAUGAGAGAGGAAAAAUUAAUGGUUUAGCGAGGACAAGGGCUGUGCUGUAUGAACACAAUAUAAAUCUAUAAUGGAGAAAGUCUGACUGGGUGCAAGACUUCCUCCAGGAGCGUUCAGCACAACAGGAGCAUCUUUGCAGAUAGCGUGUUGAUUUAGUAUGCCACAGUUGAGGGCGUGUCCUCCUCGAGGUGCAUGUUUGGAGCGGGGCUGCAACGUUCAAGGCAGAGGUGAGGGUAGUGUUAUAUUUUGCAACCUUAUUAGAUUAUGACAAAGAGGCUCUUAGGUUGAUUAUCCGUUUUUUGAGAAGAGUUACGCACCAGACAAUUUAUUUAGGUCAGAGUUAUGAAUAGAAGGUGUCUCAUAUUUACUGACAAUAAGUGUUUAACUUACUUAUAGAAACACAAUUGUACAGGAAUUGCCUCAGCUAUUAGGGAGAAUUACAUUUUUUAUUUAAUAAACAAAAAAACUUGAAAUUCACCUAAAAUAUAAUAAGCAUGAACAUUUAGUUCAUAGAAUUAGUGCAAAGAAUAUAGAUGAGAGUGCAGGCCCAGUUUUAGUGAUCAGGUUCAAUUCCAAAUAUGUAGACAUCAUUAAUAUUUUUGAAAAAACAUUUAUACUCUUUGAAGACCCUGGGUUAAAAUAUAAGUUACCUUCAUACCAAAAGUUACAUGCACCAGGGCCAUGAAUUCCAAAAAUAUAUUUGGACCUGCAAGAUUAAAACCUGUUUUAAACAAUGAUAAUGUUCAUAACAUUCCAACAUUCCAACUAGCAGUACCCUAUUGAGUAAGGAUAACUGUGAUCAUUUCCAAUGUGGAAGAACAGAAUGUAGAAUUAGCCAACACAUUAAACCUCAUAGAAUCAUAUUUUCUUCUCAUAGCAAUGGUUCCGGAAUCCAGAUGAGAUCAUUAUUUACUUGUGAACGCACUGAUGUUUUAUAUAUGUUGAACUGUCCUUCUGGGACUCAGAUUUUUGGACAGAUAACAAGUACCCUGAAGCUCCAUUUUAGGAAACACAGGUAUUCAGUGAUUAAUAUUAAGUCCAACACCUCCUUGUCGAGGCACUUUAAGAGUUUCCACAACUCUGACUCCAAAGGAUUGGAAGUUCUACACAUUGUGGUUUAGAGGUUGACAUUUUUGGUACCCAAGAUAAUAUUGGCAGAUUGCUGGAUAAGGAGACUUACUUGAUAUUUAGAUUGAAGACCAAAAGAACUCAAUGAAGAAUUAGAUUAUGUUUUGUGAUUUUUUUUUUUACCUUCCCCAUAAUAAGGAACGUUAACAUAAGACCACUGAAAUUAAAUUAACAAAACUAUCUUCUUAUAUUCAAUUCCAUCUGUGUAAUUAUAUUUGUUAGUUUGUUUAUGUAUGUAUACAGUUCCCUUGUGUUUUAUUUAACUUGUUACUAUUAAUGAUAUAUCUGUAUGAUUAGCUUAUUUCAUCUGUAUGCUAAUACCUGUCCAAUGUUGUUACUCCUCUCUAGCUAUAUUCUUUAAGAUACCUAGGUUUUCCUAAUAAUUAUGAGAUGGAUAGCCUCUUAUAAGGAAACUCCCAGGGUAGUCACUGUGAGAUUAAAUUGGUGUUGAGAAAGUCCAAGAAAUGGAUAAAAACGUGUGGACCUGAAUUUAUUGCCAUUCAUUCUACUAUUUUUGUGCCACUCAACUGAAUUUAUAUCAUAUGUUUUUAUUUGUCCAAGUGCUCUAAAAUGUGAAAUGGACCCAUUUCUCUUCCUGGGGUCAAAUAUACUUCUGCAGUAGCUGGGCAAAGAUCCAUAUGGGAGGAGGUGAGAGUUGCUCUUAUCUGUCUGAUAGAACUCCGUAUCUCGUUUUGAUCUAACGUGCACUACUGUUUUGGAGUUCAUUCCAUUCACGGACACACAUAAUACAGAAUCCAGUCUAUCACACUCACACAUUUGAUUAGUGCAGAGUUGAAGCACACUAUACUUGUGGAUUUUUUUAACCAUUUAAAUCCCAUGAUGGUGAGUUCUCAUAAUUACAGACCAGUCCAGUGUCCUAUUAGCCUGCAGAGGGGAGCUAUCAUUAUUUUCAAAUGUUAGAGAUUGUAAUAGUUUUAUUUAAAAACACCUCACCUAGGCAAAAAAUGAUGGGGAUUAGUUACAUUAUAUGAUCAUACAUUGCAUAAGCCUGCCACAACGUCAAUAGAAACAUAGAAUGUGACGGCAGAUAAGAACCAUUCGGCCCAUCUAGUCUGCCCAAUUUUCUAAAUACUUUCAUUAGUCCCUGGCCUUAUCUUAUAGUUAGGAUAGCCUUAUGCCUAUCCCACGCAUGCUUAAACUCCUUUACUGUGUCCACCUACCACUUCAGCUGGAAGGCUAUUCCAUGCAUCCACUACCCUCUCAGUAAAGUAAUACUUCCUGAUAUCAUUUUUAAACCUUUGCCCCUCUAAUUUAAGACUAUGUCCUCUUGUUGUGGUAGUUUUUCUUCUUUUAAAUAUAGUCUCCUCCUUUACUGUGUUGAUUCCCUUUAUGUAUUUAAAUGUUUCUAUCAUAUCCCCCCUGUCAAUGUACCCCGUCUUUGGCAGGUCCUACUCUAACAGCCUAAUGCCUGCCUUUAUGAGAUUACUUGGGAAAUACUUCCUUACUGGGACUCUCUAUCCAGCUCUUUUAUGUCAGUGGAUAUUUUUUUACAAGCUGACACUAUACUGUUUGUUUGUUUUUUGCUGGGAGUUUGCAACAUGGUUUGUUAUAUCAGUUACAUUGCGUCUUGUUUGGAAGUAUUCUUUACUCAGCCGGCUUCCUCUGCCAUUUCUGGGAUAUUUCAGAAUGUGUGAGUGCUAAUGCUUUGUUCAAGAUUACAUGACACGGUUUUGGUUUUAUCUAUAGCACUAGUGGCCACUUAUAGCUUUAUGUGUAUUUUUUAUUCACCCUGAUGUUAUUGUUAUUGUGAUGAAUUUCAUUUUCAAAGGAACCAUAUUUCUAAUGUGUAUAUAUAUUAUUUUUACCUUUAUGCUCCCUCAUUUUUUUUAUUUUAUUUUAUUAAAGGGAAACUAUAGUCACAAUAACAAUUACAGCUUAAUGUGGGGUAUACAGCUUAUUGUAUUUGUUCUGGUGGGUAAAGUCAUUCCCUUCAGGCUCUUUGCAGUAAACACUGUUUUGUCAAAGAAAAGGCAGCUCUACAUUACAGCCUAGUGAUAACUUCACUGGCCACUCCUCAGAUGGCAGCUAGAUGGUGCUUCCUGGGGCAGUGCUGCACAGUGUGACUGACAUUCAGUGUCUCCACCCUCCUCGUAGAGAUGCAUUGAUUACAGUCUAGUAAUCACAUACAUUGUAUAACAAAGUAGUGAAUAUAAGUCUGUGCAUGCAUGCAUUUUAAUUUAAGUUAAAAUUUGUAAAACUGAAAUCUUAUCAUCUCAGUCUAGCAGGUUUUCAGAGUAAAUCCCCAGCACAGGCUCCAAUACAACCCAUUUCACACUUUAGAGUAUGGAGUUAACUGACAUUGUGUGGGGGAGAGGAGAGACCAUUGGCUUAUUUGAGGUUAAUAAUAUGUCCCAGUAAUAGUUUGUACUGAAUGUUUAAUACGUUGAAUAUGUUGAAUAGUCAGAAGCCAGGACGUCCUACAUAAACCUGCUUUUAGCCAAUACACACUCACACAUCAGUAUACACAUAGGGACACAUAAACAUGGACACAAUGUGUGUAAUUAUUCCUUAGCCGCUUGAUAAGAGUCUGUAUUGAGUAUACUGUGUCCUGAGCUUUCACUAGUUAUGUAACCCGCUAAUCAGAUUAUGUAAUCUGUUAUUACGGUCAAUGCAGGUAGAACAGCUAAGCUCUUCUUGCAAUGUUUGUCUAAAACUUAACGCAGGAGAGAAAGUAGAUUAAUAAAAGUUUCAUAAAUACUUCAUAGAUAAAUAUACAACUAAACGUACAUUACUUCAUAAAUACUCCACUGAUAAAUAUACAGAGUAACUUAUAUUACUUCAUAAAUACUCAGCUGAUAAAUAUAAAACUUUACUUUAACUUAAAGGGACACUAUAGUCACCUGAACAACUACAGCUUAAUGUAGUUGUUCAGGUGAGAACUAUAGCUCCCUGCAGGCAAUCUGAUGUAAACACUGUAUUUUCAGAGAAAAUACAGUGUUUACAUUGAUUGGUAGGAAUACCUCCAGUGGCCGUCACUCAGACGGCCACCAGAGGGACUUCCUAUCAUGUAUGGCCCUAAAAAGGCCCUGUACACGUCAGACGUAUUAAAAUACGUCUGACAUGUGCAGGAGAGAGAAGGCACUGUGUGCGCGCCUUCUCUCUUCUGCCUGUCAGCCGAGGAGAGGGGGCGGGCAAAGACUGCGAGCUGAGUUGUCAGUCAGCGCGGUAGUGCGCUCAGGACUUCAGAAGUAUGUGCGCAUGUGCGGUGAAACCGCGCAUGCGCACAAGGGAGCAAUGACUUGAAAUGGAAGCGUCUGAUUGAUCCCUGCUGGUCAUUUUGACUAAAAAGGGGGCGCGGCUUCACGAGGCUCCCGGCGCUGGAACCAGGUGAGUAAAACGGGUUAGCUGGAGAGUCCCUUUCACGUACAUUACUUGACAAAUACUUAACUGAUUGAUAUACAGAGUAACUCAUAUUACUUUAUAUAAAUACUCUACUGAUAGAUAUACAGAGUAACUUAUAUUACAUCAUAAAUACUCUACUGAUAGAUAUACAGAGUAACUCAUAUUACUUUAUAUAAAUACUCUACUGAUAGAUAUAGAGAGUAACUUAUAUUACAUCAUAAAUACUUUACUGAUAGAUAUACAGAGUAACUCAUAUUACUUCAUAAAUACUCCCCUGAUAGAUAUACAGAGUAACUUAUAUUACUUCAUAAAUACUCUACUGAUAGAUAUACAGAGUAACUCAUAUUACUUUAUAUAAAUACUCUACUGAUAGAUAUACAGAGUAACUUAUAUUACUUAUAAAUGGCAAUAAUAAUAAUAAUAAUAAUAAUACUUCAUAAAUACUCCACAGUAAGUGAACUGGAAGCAUUGCUGAAUGUAAUAAUUUUCCCACUUUGGCUAUUUUUGGCUUUAAAUUUGAAGUUCCCUUUGAAUUCACCAUGAAUUUCCGACAAUUCCCUUUAGUAACUAUCCCUGUCUGUGUUAUUUACUAUAGUGAGAUUUGCCAGGAAUUCAAUAUGAAUUUAAACAUUUAGGCCUGGACAUGUUUACGGAUGGCAUUCUCUGUUGAGUUUUGGUGAUUUAUUUUGAAUUCCCAGCAGUUCCCACCUUAGUGAAUAUCUGUGCCAUUCUGACCACUAUCUGACAGAGGGGAGCCCCAGGUAUGAUAGGGAUCGAUGAAUUGAGCAAUAUGGGAUUUACACCUAUUCUCUGCCGAAUCUUCCUAAUUGCCGGAUGUGCACAUUCGCUGCACUCACAAUGAAUAAUAUGAAAUAAGCUGAUCAGGAAACCUGGAGGAUAUUCAGACCCCAGUAAAUAGCCCAGACAGCAGCCUCACUGUGUAUUAACUGUUUACGUCAAAUUAUUUUUUAAUUGUUUUUUUUGCAUUUAAGAAAAUGCAGAGUAAAUACAUUGGUUGGUCAGACAUUUCCUGUGCUCGGUCUAUUUCCUUGUUAAACAUUUCAGAUAAUGUCGUAACACUAACACAAAACCUGAAUUCAAACCAUCUAUUAGAAGGAGACGGGGCUGAGCUUAUUGUAAAAUAUAAGAAGCUGGGAACUUGCCCAACACCUCUGUCAGUUCACAGUUAAAUGAAUGGGAAGUGGCCCAACUCUUCAGUUCUUCUCCCAACUCAGAGGAUUCGAAGAAACGCAGCAAUUUGACCAAACUGAGAUCUUUAUUUAUUAUUCGAAUAACCGCUCACUCGAAUGUCAGAGGAUUAAUUAAACCAAUCAGUUCCAGAGCCCCAGGAGUGACCAGGACAUUGGAGGAUGGAGAGCAAGUUGCAGCUGUUUUUAGUUUGUGCAGUAACCUCUCUGUUGUACUCGGCAUCUGUCCCCCUCUUGCUGCAGAGUUCUUUGGACUGUGAUACCGUACAGAGGGCUGUAGAACAAUACAACAAAGAACAAAGCACCCCCUUUCUAUUCAGAUCCCUGCCACGUGGAUCACAGGACGAGCAGGUAUGUGGGCCUAGACUGGAAUCAGAUAGGCAGGUGUGGGCGGCCCAGCUCAAUGUAACUGGAACUCCUGUUACUGUGGAAUAUGAUUCACAUGACCCUCAGCCACGUUUAUCCUUAAAGCCUUUAAACGUGGUCUGGUCUGGUCUGGUCUUAUUAGCGUGGACUACCAUUCCUAUGACUCUCAUACAUGUAAAACUCUUUAUGACUCUUAACCUGUUGUUACUCGCUAAUAGUGAUGGGAGUUGCCAUAAUCCUUAUUUCUAUAACACAGGAGCUAGAAGCUCACAUUAUUGUUUACCAUAUGGCUGCAUGUUCUUUUCAAAUCCUUUUAUUGAAAGUUUUGUAGAAUUUUGUCAACAUCAACAUAAUAAAUGUAAUAAUCAAAAAUUCCCAAAAUAAACAUCAAGGGAGAACAAGGUAAAGAAAGGGGGAAUAAGGAUUAAUCAUGCAUGUUUCUGACCAAUUUAUUGUUGAGUCCAAUCCAAAUAUAAUUACAUUGACCUAUACACACAAUUUGUUAAAUAACCUGCAAUAAUGACCUAAUUAUUAUUAUUAUAACCUGAAUACCAUAACGCUAUUCAGGGAAUAAAUAUUAUAACAUUGUUAACCACAUUUACCCAAUAUUCCUUUUUUUAUGUUAUCUUCCCAAAAUUGUCUGAUUGCCAUUCAAAGCCCUUGUUUUCAAGGACCAAUGAAAUAAUUAAUUUAGUGGGAGUUAUUAGAUACAUUAUAUUUUUAAUAUUAUUAUAUUAUUAUUAACUAUAUUGGGAAUUAAUUUAAACAGUCCCAUUUUUAGUGGGAGUCACCGGAGAUUUCCAUUUUCUUGGUAAAACAGGGGUAUCUGCUAUUAAAAUGUGAGCAAUACUUAUAUUCCCCGUUGAUGGGGAAACUAUUCUAGCAUUAACCUAUAACAAAAAAAAUAAACAAUUAACUUGUUAUUCCAGUUGUCAUUAUUACAUAGUGAGUUGUACGUUCUAUUUUCUAUGCUCCAAUCAGCACUUUACUGGUAAUUAGCGAGUGCUUUAAUUAGGAGUAAAUUAAUGAAAUAUUGUUGAAGGAAAUAAUAAUAGGAAGUGCAGACGGGUUUAACCAGGGAAGUCAGGUUUUUGAGAGAUGAAAAUAUCUAACUGCCAUGAUGUUUUACCAGCAUCACAGGUUCUACAUGAAAUGGAGGCAUACCUUUUGGCCUGGUCUUAUAUUCUAAUCUCACUUAUUCACCAAACUCCAACCUACUAACUGGAUAGCAGUUCCUCAAUUUAAAUGGACACUAUAGUCACCAGAACAACUACAGCUCAUUGUAUUUAUUCUUCGGAGUAUAAUUAUUCCCUUCAGGCUUUUUGCAGUAUAUACUGUUUUUUUCAGAGAAAAUGCAAUGUUUACAAUACAGCCUAGGGUUAACUUCCAGGCCACUCCUCAGACUACUCGAGCUGCUUCCUGUGCCUCCCCCCUCUGCAUGGAGACACUAAACUUUCCUCAUAGAGAUGCAUUGAUUCAAUGUAUCUCUAUGAGGAGAUAUUGAUGGCUUGUGCUGUCUCUGCCCCUGAUCUGCCUCCUUGACAGUCUCAGCCAAUCACAAUGCCUUUUUACUUCUGAUGAUAUCAGCCAGGAAGACAGAUCAGGGGCAGAGCGAGCAGCAGCAGACUGAAAUAAAGGUAAGAUUUUACUAUAUUUAGGGGGUAAGGGGGCUAGACAGUGUUUUUAACACCAUAGGGUGAGGAAUAGAUGUUUGUGUUCCUGACCCUAUAGAGUUCCCUUAAGUCUACACAAAUAAUACCAACAGUUACUAUAGUAAACCCUUAUUCUAAGAGAAUCCAGCCCCUAAACAUUUAUAUACAGCAGGACAUUCAGCGGCCCAAUACUAUGGAAUAGCUACAACCACAAGUACUGUCUAUUAUUGGAUUAAAAAGGAGUCAUGUUGGACUCUUAGUAUGCAUAUGUAGAUAAUAAUAUAAGAUAAUGUGAUAUUAGUGAAUGGAGCAUUACAGCUGUUCUAUGUGUUUUGAAAUUGUUGGUUUUGAAUCUAUUGUUAAUAUUCCACAAUUUAUACACCAGACCUGCCUCUACGCCAAGUGCCUGAUUACCUACUAUUGUCAAUGCUGUGUAGAUCUUUUACUUGUUUGAUAUCUGUUGAGAAGAUCAUAAGGGGAGAGGAGGGUAUAUCAUGGCCAUUUUAACACUUUGAGCAACCUUUACCCCAUGUUCCAGUCUACUGGUUGCAAAUAGAAAAAUGUAGCAUUGGCUAAAUGUAUUAUUUUCAUUGUGUUACGCAGUUAUCCUAUAGAAAAAGUACCUUUUUGGAGGAUUUGUUCGCUCAAUAGCAAAUUGCUGGAAAUUGAUAACCAAAACACAAAACAUGCUUAAACAGAGCUGUUUUGUAGUAAUUAUCUAUCUCCGCUAUAGUCAAAAAGCUAUUUUUGUCUGAGUUUUGCAAACUGGUUUUUGAUUUGCUACAAGUCACAGCUCAGUGAACAAACCCCGAUAAUAUAAAAUGGUUUUCCGUGAGAAACGUAUUGUGAUUGAGGCACAUUUAGAGUGGGCUCUUAGAUAUAAAAAGAUUUCCGUCAAAAAUACAUUCCUCUGCUCCAGGUGCUACCUAAUAAAAAAAUUACCAAAUUAUUACUUAUUUGUCACAGAUUUUUUAAAAAGAAACAAAUGUGAACCAUUUUAACAUCCCUUUAUUGAAUUGUAGCUUUCUUCCAACCCAUGUCAAAUUUGAAAAAAAUUGUAAAAGUGUCCCAUUUUAUUCCCGGGUAUAAUUUAGACAUCUUUGAACACAGAGUGCAAAGUAAAUAAUUGAGCAAUCUGAUCACGCUCUGUCUUAGAGACGACAAUCACGGCAUCAUUAGAAAGUCCCAUACAAGCUCCAACACAAAAUAGGAGAGAUUUGUAAAAGUGGGGCUAAUAAAAUGGUGGAGCAAAGUUUUUAUUAUUGAGCAAUCACAAGGGGACCAAUUGGACUUCAUUGGUUUCCACAACAAUUUCUCAAAGUUGAAAGCAGUUAUAAACCUCCCCCACUUAUAUAAUUGUUAAAGGGAACUGCAGGCACACAGACUGCCCAUUGGAGUGGUCUGGGUGCCAACUCCCACUACCCUUAGAAAGAAGAUUUUGUCUAAGGCAAAGGAAAGGUUUUUUUACUGUAAGAACAAUCAGGAUAUGGAAUUCUCUGCCUGAAGUGGUUUUAUCAGAGUCCAUACAGAUGUUCAAACAGCUACUAGAUGCAUACGUGCAAAAACAGAAUAUUCCAGGAUAUAAUCUUUCAAUCCAGGGUAAUAACUGCUUGAUCCAAGGAUAAAUCUGACUGCCAUUCUGGGGUCAAGAAGGAAUUUUUUUCCUAGCUUGUUGCAAAAUUGUGCUUCAAACUGUUUUUUUGCCUUCUUUUGGAUCAACAGCAAAAAACAAAUGUGAGGAAGGCUGAACUUGAUGGAUGCAAGUCUCUUUUCAGCUAUGUAACUACGUAACCCUGCAAGUGUAAUUAUUGCAAUUUUUUAUAAACUGCAAUAAUUACCUUGCAGGGUUAACUCCUGUGUCUAUAGCAUAGGUUUUCUGUGCUAGAGCAUCGCUGGACGUCCUCACGCUGUGUGAGGACCUCCAGCUUCACUCAAUUCCCAAUAGGAAAGCAUUGAAAGCAUUUUCAAUGGUUUCCUAUGGAGAGCUCUAAUGCGCGUGUGUGGCAUUGCCGCGAAUGCGCAUUAGGUUUCCUCAGCCGGCGGGCGGGAUCAGUCUCGCCCACCGGCUGACGUAAGGAAGAGGAGGAGCGGCGGGAGCAGAAACCACCGCCGAGUGACAUCGGCGGGGUCUCAGGUAAGUGACUGAAGGGGUUUUCACCCCUUCAGCAAUCGGGGAUGGGGGGUGGGAGGGAGAGGGGACCUGCACUGGAGUGUCCCUUUCAAUAUCCGUGCAAGAUACAUUGGUAAAUGUAAAGAAUUUUAUGAUUUAAUAUUAAAUAUUUUCCCUUCUUUAUUUUAUAGACUGAUUCACAGUCCAGCAAUGUACUGACUUUCAAAAUCAAAGAAACAGUUUGUACAAAAUCCACUCUGCAAGACCUCACUAAAUGUGCAUUUAAAGAGCAAGGUGUAAGUAUAAAGGAUCGCUUGUUAUUUUAAAGAUAUUGUUUAACAUUUCUCUGUGGAUAUGGACACGGUAGGUACGGUUAUAGACAUAGGAGAUACAGAUAUGGACACAUGAGGUACAGAUAUACAGUUAUAGACAUGGUGAACACGGUUAUAGACAUGGAAGAUACAGAUAUGGACACUUUACAGACAAGCCCACGUGUUUGUCUUUCAGGACUGUCAACUUAGACACCAAACACUGAAUUAUACUGAAUUUCAAACAAACUGUGUUAUCCACGAAAAUGUACAUUGUUGGCAAUUCCUAGAAAAUCCAAAUCCAAAUUUUGGGACAAAAUACGCAAAUUGGAAAAUUUUUGUUUAAAAUGUAAAAUUCACUUUGGAUUCAUGUAGUAUUCCCAGCAAUCCAUACUUGUCACAAUCAUGUGACACAGAGGCGUAACUAGAAACCACCGGGCCCCGGUGCAAAAACUGCCCUGGGCCCCCCAUGUGUCUCAUUCCCCCCAGGUGCCCCAUGUGUCUCAUUUCUUCCUCCUCAUCCCUCCAUGUGUCUCAUUCCUUCCCCAGCCCCUACAUGUGUCUUAUUCCCUGCCAGCCCCUCCAUGUGUUUCAUUCCCUCCAAGUCUCCCAUUACCUCCCUCCAGCGUUUCCUUUUGUCUUAUUUUCAUCUGAACCCCACCUUGUGUCUCAUUUCCAUCCUAGCCCCUCCAUGUGUCUCAUUUCCCCCCAAAUCCCCUCCAUGUGUCCCAUUCCCUAACCCCAGCCUCUCCAUGUGACUCUCCCCCCAGCCCCUCAAUGUGUCCCUCCUCCCCCCAGCUCUCAGUGAGCACUUCCUUACUCAGAUCUUUAUGUGACGAGAGCCCCGGGUGCAUUGUGGUGGCCUGUGUUUUUUGAGGCAGCUGCUCUCCUCCUUCUCUUGCCUGCUUGAAGUUACAGCUAUCCAUCCUCCUACCCCCCUCCACCCCCUUUGGACUGGUGGGGAUUAUUCCGGUCCCCGCUGGACUGUCGCAUGCCACUACUGAAGACAACACAGCAUAUCGCUGGUGUCUUUGUGCCUGCAGCAAGUCACUAAAAUGGAGGCUAUAUGUUACUCUGACGAACAAGGCCUAUGUCUGCCUCAUGAUCUUCCUCGCAAUCCCCUGAAACUUACCAUGAGGAAACUGGACAAGCUGUUUCAGGAUUUCUGGCUGAAGCUCCAGGACAGAGCACAAGCUACCGAGCAGCAGCAGCAGCUGGGGGAAUCCGGAUGCAGUGUGCUGCUGGGACGAGACAGGAACCCUUUGGGUAAGGGAGCCACACAAGCAUUUCCACACCCUUCUGGGCCAAGAGCCUCUCAAGGCACUGCCCCCCUGCAUCGGCCACACCAGUGGAGGAUCACCCGCUGCAACAAUGGCAGGGCCGUCCGCUGACUCAAACGCAAGAUCGACGGCCACGACCGGCGCAAGAGCCCACCAUCUCGACUCUCUUAUCACCUUGGACGAGUAACGGACUUGACCCCAAAGGGCACCAAAGAUCGUGGUCAACUGAUGCCAGCCUUGACACAUGCCUUAGGCCAGAGGAAAGCCCUGCUCAGCCAUAACUCUAAGGAAGCCCCCAUUGAACUCUAUUAUCGUACCACUUCUGCUACACCCCCCUGCUGAGACCAACUGCCUCCCAGCACUAGGAAUUGGGUGAGGAGGUCUCAUACAAUGGGCCUUUUCUUGAGAAGCCCUGAUUUUUGGUUUUAGGGACCUCCAUUCAGCCAUGCAAGUUUACUUUACUUACCUUUAUUCAUUUUGGCAUAUGUCUUCUCACGUUCAUACACUCUUGUGUUUAUGAUACUGGCAGACGCAGUUCCAGUGGUAAAAGCAUGCUGGAAUUUAAUCCCCUCUACAGUAAGUUAAAUGUACAACAAUAGCUCGACCUUGUUUCAUGUGGUUUAUACAAAAUGCACUGCUAUUCUUUUUAUUUCAUGUUAUCUCAUUUUAGUUUAAUUUACAAUGAGACCUCACUAUACCACAAUAGUUAACCAAAUAUGAUUACUCACAUAUAUAACCAAUCUUAACAGGUCUUAUGUUUUCCGUAUGCCGGGCUCCUCAUUUGUAGCAAUAUAUAUUUGCCCAACAUGACUGUUACUGCUUUACAUACCUACCUACUUAAAAAAAUUGCAGUUCCUCUUGACAUUUUGUGCUCUAACCCUAAGCCUGUAUUCAUUUGUUUUGCAAUGCAUCGUAUGUCACUGUCAUAUAAUGUAUAUCUCACUGCACUACAGAUAUAGAAUGUAUAUCUCAUGGCACUACAAAUAUAUCAUGUAUAUCUCACUGCACUACAAAUAUAUAAUGUAUAUCUCACUGCACUACAGAUAUAGAAUGUAUAUCUCACGGCACUACAGAUAUAGAAUGUAUAUCUCAUGGCUCACUACAAAUAUAUCAUGUAUAUCUCACUGCACUACAAAUAUAUAAUGUAUAUCUCACUGCACUACAGAUAUAGAAUGUAUAUCUCACGGCACUACAGAUAUAUAAUGUAUAUCUCACUGCACUACAAAUAUAUCAUGUAUAUCUCACUGCACUACAGAUAUAGAAUGUAUAUCUCACGGCACUACAGAUAUAUAAUGUAUAUCUCACGACACUACAAUAAUAAAGAAUUAAAAAAACAAAAAACAUUACAGAUUCCAAAACAAGAAUUGUAGCUGUUGCCUUAUUGUCUAUUGUAUCAACUGCACCCAAGAGGAAAUUGGGUAAAAUUAAUUUAAAACAAUUGUAUUUAAUCAAAUUAGAAUUGUUAAAAAAAAAAAAAAAAGCCAAAUCUUUGUGUGUAAAAAGAUAUGAAUUAUUUGGGAAUAUUGUGGUUAUUCACUGAAUAGUGUUACUCCAGAGAUGAUAUUUUUCCAAAUGAGCACUAUUUGUCUGAAAUUUUCAUGUUGUUUUUUGAGCCAUUACAAUUCAGUAUUUCGUGAAUAAUGCCAUUUAAUCUAAUAACGUUUGUUUCCCAGGUGGUAAAAAACUGCACAGCAAUCAUUGAUAGAUCCGAAGAAGGAGACAUUGUGGUAAAAUGCGACACUUUCACGGAAGCGGUAGGUUUCAUUUAUUAACCAUGAGAAUUCUGAGUAUUAACACCUUCACUGCCAAAACACGUAUACAAAUUAUAUUACUUUCAUUUGGUUUGCAAAAUAAAACGUGGCCCCUAACACCUCCCAUACUAACAUUUAUACUGAUGAUAAGAUCAUGUACCACCAAUAUAAUGUCAGGGAAUGGGCUGAGAAUACCAGCCUUGUCCUUCCAAGCAGUAAAGAAAGCUUCAAAGAUCAGACCCCUCCUAUAGUCACUAAACCAGCCAUUUCUGGGAUUAAAAGAGGUUCUCAUAUCCCUAUUAGCAGUACAGAGAUUUCUAUUUUUUGUUAUAUUUUAGAAAUAUCUGAUGUGACUGUAUUCGCUGAAGUAGCAUUAUGCUCAUAUAGAGACAUUCCUUUUACAUUUUGUUUCUGUUUGAGUAAUCCUUACUGCUGGUAAUGUCUUCAGGGUCCUUACAAAUACAUACAAACAGGGCAUAUUGCAAGAAUCUCUAUAUUGUCUGAUGCUUUUAAUUUGCCCAAUAUUUCUAGAAAGGAUGAACAAAUAAAUGAAAAAUACAAAUUGUAUAAGUUUACAUUUUUUUAUAUAUUUUUUUAUCAUUCAUCGAUGUGCUAGCUCUGCAUCACAUGUUUCAAAUCAAUCUUAUGCUAAUAUUUUUUACAACAAGAAUUGGUUCGGUACGGAACAGGUCACUUGAUUUGUUAUUGGUUUGAUUACAGGUAAAUAUUUUAUAAAACAUUCUAGCCUUUAAAAACUUUUUUAGUGUUAUAAAAAUGCCAGUCACGCUGUGAAAAUCAGUAGUCUGCUGGAGGCAACGGGGCUGUUUAUGGGGAGGAAAUGGAGGCUCGGGAGAAGCAAAGUUAGAUAAGGGAGGGUACAGGUGAUGUUACGGGAGAUGUAGGAAACAUUAGAAACUGGGUUUUGUUCACUUAAAUAACAGAAUUAAGAAAAUGGAAACAAUGUAUCUUUUUGGUAAUGUCAGGGGACAAACAGUCUGACUUUGCAACAAUAUUAAACCUAAUAAUGAAACAGGAGUAUUGGAAAGCAACCACUAUAUGAAGAGUAUCCCGGUGCUUGGUGACAGAAUAUAUUCUAAUCUACGAACUAAACUAAACUGUGCAUUUUCAGAAAUUUUAAAUUAAAGGCCAAAAUAGCUAAAUAGGAAAUGUCAUGCCUGAAAUGUAACAUUUUCUGUUGAAUUUACAUAAAUUUCCAGUUUAAUGAAUAAUCCUGGUGGAUUUUCAGAGAGACAGAGGUGGUCAUAUAGUGCACAGCAAUGAUUGCCCACAUUUUGUCAUCAUACCUUUUUAGAAUUGAUGUAAAAUUGGGGACUGGGCGAGACUAUGGAGAAAUGCCUAUUGGUUCAUACAAAUUAUUAAUGGUGUUACAUCUGUCUGUAUAGCUCCGCUAAAGGCAGCACAGGAACAGAAUGCUUUUGAAAUGCUCUGGGCAUGGGUUUAAACACACUAUAACCAUUUUACUCUUAAAGUGGUUACAGUGUCAAAGUCUCUGGCACUGCCCCUCUAUUCACAGUUAAACAUUUUAAAACUAGUUUAACACUUAAUAAGAGUCCCUGGCCACCCACAGCUCUGUCCAUCUGGAGGUGUGGCUAACGCAGAGAUUACACACUUUCCUUCUAGCUAUACCAACUCAUACCAGCAAUGGGUGCUGUGAUAGGCUGAAAGCAGUAAGCUGUUUCUCUCAGCCAAUCACAGCCACUCACUACUCCUCAGGUUAAUUAUUCCUCAUUAGUCCAAGCAGCACAGAGGGGGUUGGUUACUGGAGACUCUCUUUUAGCAUUAAAACAAAAAAUGCUUAAUGCUGAAUGGAAGGAAGCUUCCAGGGGGCUCCAGACACUGUAACCACUUCAAUGAGCUGAAGCAGUUACAGUACCUACGGUGUCCCUUUAUUGCCCUGCCCUGAUAGCACUUUGCAGUGUGUGAGUGUGUUUUUUUCCUGCACUCAUUUUAUGCUGAUUGGAAGGCAGUCUCUUUCCUCUUAGCUCAGGACAGGAAGACAGGAGACUGAAUUCAGAAAGGUACAGCCAACCCUUGUGCAUUUUUGGAAAUGCCCACUGUAUUGUAUGAAAUAAGCAGAUUUCUGGUUAGCAAAUUGCAAUUUUACUAAAGAUGUGAAUUGGGAUGAGUGAUGUUCAGUUAAUGGUGUGUUAGACCUGUGUGCCGCAAUGUGACAGUCAGUGACACUUUCAAAGUAUGACCCAAAAUAAUGAUGAUAAAAUAAAUUGUUGUGUGAAAGAAAAAUGAGGCAAACUUUAACUUUUAUUAAAGAGAAGUCAAAAGUGACUGAAAGGGAACACUAGAUCACACACUAUUAAAAUAGAAUAUUAAAUAGAAUAUAAGUACAACUUUAGAAGAAUGGCCACUAGGUGUCACUAUAUGGCUCCACAUCUGUGUCCUUCAAUCUGAAUCCAUCUCUUAAAACUACAGGAUUAAGGCUCUACAGCUCUCCGAAGUAUUAAAGCAAACCGUGAUAUAUGGGACUAAUGUCUUACAAUUUGCCAAUGUCAUAGAAUUAUUAUAUAUUAAAGUAAAUAUUACUUCAAAUACAUCAAAUCUCAGCCCUAACCACAAUUUAAAUAGAGAACGUAGUGCCCUACAUCCAGCUAUGAGCUGCCUUUAUUGGGGUCAAUGAUUCAAUAAGCGCAAAUCCAACGUCGAUCUCUCAAAAAAUAAAUUGAACGGUGUAUGGGGAGAUCGGACUUGGCGCACUCUUAAUGAUAAACCCAUAAGGAUGAAACGCACAUUGACUGCUCUGCAACCUUUAGACGGCAUGAAUCCCGUUGAACAGCCUAUUUCCCCUUUAUUAAAUGAAUAAAGUACCAUUAUUUGGGUUUUAGUUUUGGGGAAUACUAUCUGGAGGUUAAUCUGCGCUCUGUUAACUCUGGUAAUUUUGGAUGAACCUUUCCACUUUCUACAUGUAUACAUUUUAAAGGCUGAAUCUCAAGUCACCAAAAUUCAAUAAGAACAAACCCGCUCCAAAUGUCGAAGUUUAUAGAGUGAGUUACGAAAAUAAUAAUUUUUCUAUUUCACAAUAUAAAAGAUUAUAAGAAUAAUUAACCAAAUCCUGUAAGAUAAAAGCUUGAAUUCAGUAGCUGACCUUUUCUGUUCUUUGUACUUUACUGAAAUUAUUAUUUAUAGUAAUUAUACCGAGUAACUUAAACCUGAUUCAAGGUCAAUUAUGCUGCAGAGAAGAAAAAAAAUUACUCCCCGGCACAUCUGUUCACAUCUGUAUAUAGAUAACACAUGAUCAGUCCUAGUAUAUGUUUAUAAAUAGAGGUAGAACACAGAUCCAUUGAGUUGGACCAAAGCAAUAACCAGAUUCUGGGAUGCACCUGAAACAUAUCAGAUGCUAUUUCUGGUGAAAUCCUUUAAUAUUAUUAUUAUUAUUAUUAUUACUUCAUACAGACCUAUUCAAUGACGAUAACACCUUAACAUAAUUCCAGAUCAGACUGUGCUUGUGAGUGCUAUCACUCUGAUACACUAAUGGAAUCAGCUCCAGAUUGGCUCUAGCACAAGGGAGUUAAAUCUGUGCGAUAGCCAAGUGUGGACUAACUAAAUCCAGAACUAAUUGAUCUUAAUGUCUGUUCUCAUUGUUCUUGUGAAUUCUGAAUUGGACUUGUAAUACAUGAAUAGAGCGGUAGAUAAGUAGUCUUAUUAGUGUAUAGACCUCAAUAAAUUAAAGCCAUGAUAUUAUAUCCACAGAGCAUGCUGUCAUACCAUAAUUUAGAAGAUGAAAAUGGGACGCAGAAAAUCGGGAAGAAACGAGACAGACGGGAGAAAUUGCGCAGCUUCGAACUAUUCCAUAAGAAGAGGGCCAUCAAUGAGAGCAGCCUUGGUGCAUAUUCCCAAGCUUCCUGCUUGACGUGCAUUUUUGAUAUUUUGGGUACCAAACCCAAAGCUUAA